GGUGAGUGGAAGUGCUUGAAAAGAAGAAGGGAGGCGGCGGCGGCGGCAGCUUAGGUUACGCGGCGUGUAUAUCUCCUCGCACACGCGCUGGGAAGAGGUAUAUGGCGCUAGGAACUGGAUUGGCCCAGGCUCCCAGCAUCUCAUCUCCGUAGGGAGAAACGUGCCUUUGCUUUUCUUUCCUCAGAGCCCGGGCUUCGGCGCCUCGAGGAAGGGUCCAAGCUAGCCUCUCCUCUCCUUCCCUUCGCGGCGGCGCUGUGGCGAGGGUGCCACCCUUGGGUUGGGCAGCUGCGGCGGCUGCUCCGAAGAGCGCCAAGGAACUUUAAUCAAACUUCUUUAUUUUUAGCCUCGCAGAGACUCACUCGCUCCCCGUCCUCUGGGGACCCGAGAGCGGCGGCCGCGGGCUCGGAAAGUAUCAGCCCGCAGCUUUGGGCUGGGCUCUCUUGGCGCUCGGCUCGUGGCACUCGCCGCCGCCGGUAACCGCCUGAAACGCCUUCAUUCUUUCAGCCCGGAGCGAGCGCGAGGGAAGCAGCCCCAGCCGCCGCCGCCGCCGCCGCUCUCCCUGUAACAGCAGGCAAUUAGCUUCGCGCCCGUUCGCGGAGGGAAGGCGGCAGGUCCGAGGCACCACGUCUCCCUCCCUCCUCCCUCCCUCGGGCUCCGGCUCCGGCUCUCGCCCCGCCCCUCCUUCCCCUCAGCCGCUGCCCGGCGUGUGGUGCAGAGCGCGGCUUCGCGAGCGAACAAGCGGCUGGAGGCGCGACAGCACCGCCGCCAGCCGGAGCCGGGAGGCUUAGGCUGCGCUGCCUGCGAAGCGGAGCGAACUCCUCGACCCUCCUCCUCCUCCUCCCCCCCAUCCCGCCGUCCCCUCGUCAGGAAAGUGUGAGGAGGAGAAGAAAGGGGCGAACAAGAGCGAGGUAAGUGGAGCGAGGAGGGGCGCGGGCGGCGAGAGAUGCUGGCCGUGGAGGCUCGACGAGGCGACGCUGAGGGGAAAGAAGUUGAGGGGAAGGAGGCCGCAGCACGUGCCGCCCCACCGCCGCCGGGUCUCGUUUGGGACCCGCAUUGGUGAGCGCGCGGCGCCGCCGGGGAAGCGCCCCAAGGUCAGCGGCAGGCGAGAGCUCCGGCGUCCGCGCGAACUGGGGCUCCACCCCGGCUCUCGUCUCCACUUUGUGGGAAGAAGUUGUGUGGAGCAAGUCGAGGAGGGGGUGGGGUGCGCUGGAAGGGGGGGGGUCGGCCUCAGUGCGCAGGCGUAGGAGCGCCAGACCUGCCCGGGAAGGUGGCAGCGCGCGGUGCCCCUCUGGAGAGCCCAAGGGGCACGGAGGGAAGCGGAGCCAGGCACGGGCGACUGGGCGUGGGGAAGAGGCGCUGAAGACGCCCGGGGCGCCUUGGGAGUCGUCUCUGCACCCUCCUGGCAGGAGGCGCAGGCUGGCACAGGUGUAGCAACAAAAGGAAACUUGGCCCCGGCUUCUUUGGUUGUGCUCUGCACUUUGUAUGAUCUUAGCUCGUUUUUCCCUUCCUCCAGAGCCUUUUGCCAUAGGCUGGCUUUUUGAGAGGCUGGCUUGCCCAAAGCUACCCAAGGGAGCGCAGGAAUUUUAACCAGGGUGCCCUCUAACCACUAUACCGCGCUGACAGUCAACAGGCUAAGGAGAUGCAGUAGAUGAAAUCCUCAGAAAUUAAAAGACGUUAGAAUAACCGUGCACUCAUCCAAACAGGGUUAUUGGGGUGCUGUAAGGAACAUGGAUGAGUUGUUUUGGCAGAACUCUGUCAUAAUGCACUGGCUCUUUCUGCCUUUCUUCUCCUGCCCGCUUAGUGCCACGGAUAGUUGUACUCCUGACAUCUAUUUAGCACCAGCCAUACCCAAGGCAGGCUAUAGGGCUCUGAUAAGUGCUGCCCUCUCUUUGGACUUCCAAGGUAUAUUAGAGCAGUAUGAUAAGAAGGGAUGGGAGCAAAGGCAUAAUGCAUGCACAUGGCAAGUUACCAGAAGCACAGUCGUGAUUGGGAUAUUUGUCCUGACACUCACAAACGCUGAGUUGGCGUGCUGCAGGCUUGGCUGCUUGUAGGAGUUCUUUGUACAGGAGUGUGGUGUGGUCGAUAGUAUUUGUGUAAAAUCCUUGGGAAGCAUGUAGAUUAGGCAUUCUGUCAAUGCAGUAGCAUAUAUUUAAACAGGAUCAUAUAAGCCCUCGCUGCUUCAUAAACCUAUAUGACUAUAUUAUACUGCUAUAUAUUAGAACAAGCAUGAAACAUACUGUAUUGCUAACUGGAAGCAUUUACUUCUUUUUAAUGCCUUGAGGGUGUAUAGAGAUACACACGUUUUUGGAUGAAGUUUUGCUAAAUCAUUCUGGCUGUUGAAUGAAUGCCAGCUUUUAUAAGCCUAUCUGAAAUAAUAAUCAUUCUAACGUAUCGUUUGAUUGGACCCAUUUAUAUAUGAAUGCAUGUGUGCUUGAGUUGGUGAAUGUGUCUAUAAGUGGCCUUUAUAUAUUAGCACAGUUUGUGGAGAGCUGUGUUUCUUCACAUAGUACCGUUUGGUUGCUUGAUUAGACUGCUUGCUAAAAAGCUUUCUGCCAUGACAAUAUCGGCCACAGCAUCUAUAGAGAAGACAAUUUGUAGAUUCAUCUGACACCGAGACACUGGUCAGUCAUUGGCUCGUCCUUUCUGCUAGUGGUAGUCACUGUUCAGCGACAACUUGGUGAUGAACUUGAAAUGCUUUUAACUUUCCCCUCAUUUCCAUCUUCUUCUGUAAAGCAACACAUGAUAGCAAUUUCCUGGGGGGGGGGAGCAUUGAAAAGUCAGAAAAGCAGGCACAUUGUUUUGCAUUUGGCAUGUGAAACUUUAAAAUCCUCUUUUAGGUAGUUUUAAAAUUGCCCUUCUCACUUCUUCUUAAGUUAUUGAUAAUAGUGAGGUGUGCAGUGCAUUGUGUCUGUUUCUUAAUACACACAUCCAUUAAUUUAGUAGACAGGCUGUGCUACUCAGCAUUUACACUCUGUGAAAUGAAAGGGGUAUUUGAUUUAAAAAUAAAAUAAAAUUGCCCUUUCAAAAUGUUGUGUGUCUGAAGCAAGGCCUUAGAAGAGUUGCAUAAUAACUAAGAUAAUGCAAUUUUGUUGCCACCUCACUGGGUUGCCUGUUGGGCUCAGCACUAUAAAACAGAAUUGCUGAUUGGCUAAUUACAGCAUUUUUAUGGUGAUUUGUCAGGAAAGAAUUGUGAAAUAGCCUGUAUCUCAAGUGCGGCUUGGCUGUUCUUCCUGCUGCCACCCUCAUUUAACUCAAAUCAAGAUAGAUAUGUCUUCCAGAAAAAGUGUUUAUGGGGAUAAAACUAGUAAAUAUAUUCUGAUAAUAAUGAAAUAUUCACAUCCAACUGAUGAACUGAAUAGUUGUCUGUUGCUGCUGAAACUGGCUUCAGAGUUCAUUAACAAGUUCUUACGUACAGUGGUACCUCUACUUACGAACUUAAUUCAUUCCGGAGGUCCAUUCUUAAACUGACACUGUUCUUAACCAGAGGCGUGCUUUCGCUAAUGGGGCCUCUUGCUGCCGCUAUACCACCGGCACACAAUUUCUGUUCUCAUCCUGGGGCAAAGUUCUCAACUUGAGGUAACUCUUCCAGGUUAGUGGAGUUUGUAACCUGAAGCAUUUGUAACCUGAGGCGUUUGUAACUCGAGGUACCACUGUAACACAAAAACUUUAAGCAUCUAAUCACCAUUAAAUUUAAGCAUUGCUAUAUUGGUGAUAAAUGUUUCCAUUUUACUAUUAUGAUACUUUGUUCUGUAGACAUCUGACCCUUUAGAUCAUAAUUAUUGGUAGGCUUGAAAGACAAAUACUGGUAUCUUUAGCAAAGUCAUUCUUGAAGUCCUCACAUAAAGAAUACUGUCACUUAUUGUUCAUUUCAUAAACCAUGGCUUCAAUACUUCUUCCAACAGUUUCAGAUCUUAUGUCAGUGAAUAUCCAUUCUGAAUUUAUAUAGCUGCGAAUUACCUUCAUUAUGUGAAGCAUAUCUAAGAUAUAUAUCUCUUGUUUCUGACAUAUAAAGCCAUUGGCAACUUGUAAAUCUGGGCUAAUCAAAGAAUGACUCAAUUUUGCACAUUAGCAAUGAUUUUUCAUGAAGAGUAAAUAUUUUGGAGAGGUGACAGAAUAAGAUGUGCUUGUUUAUUCAUUUCUGUAGACAAACAUUUCAGUGAACAACAUUAGUCUUCUGCUUACCAUAAUUACGGAGGGGAAUUCCUGAAAUCACCAGUCACUAUAAUUACCAGUUUUCAUUAAAUGUGCUGAAUAUAAUUGCUCAAAACUGGCUGUCUUAUGAUAUCUUAAAAGUUUCAGUUCUACUCUCUGCCACUAUCUUACUUUCUCCUACAGUUGGGCACUGAGUCAAAAUAGUCAUUUGGCUUGUUACAAGCCAGGAGAAGAAAAUUAAUUUACAUGCUGAAAAGAAUGCUUUGCUUACAUAAAGGUCACUGAACACAACAGUAUAUAUUGUGCUUGGACCCUGAGGGUAUCCUGAAAACCAUUCCACUGUUUAUAAAUAUACUCAACAUGGAGCCAAAGCCUAAUGUCUGAAGUCAGUAAUUGUACAGUUUGGAAAAGGGGUAAGGAAUUUCAGGCUGGAUGUGUGGAUAAAUGUGGCCCCCACAAUCCUUUCUGUCCAGCCUUUGAGACUCCUAGGCCAUGCCCCUCUCUCCAGCCCAUGGUACUCACUGGCCCUGCUCUUCAUUCUCCUUGAGUAUUUUUGCCUGACUGUCAAGCAUCCUUGAAAUGGUGAUCUCUCUUCCUUGUCUGGAUGGAAGCUGGAGGUGUGUGGGUGUAGGAACCGCCGACUUUUGCGUGACUGGAAUGUAGUCAUGUUCAAAAAUAAGAAUCACAUCUGUUGCUCUCGCCACUUUUGGUUCUGGCUGCCUUCACUUUUCCCUUUGGACCUACCCACCAAUGACAUGUGGCUCCCGAAAGGUUACCCAUGAGAAAAUGUGGCCCCAAGGCUGAUAUAGGUUCUCCAGCCCUUGUUUAGAAACUGAUACAAAAUUUAACAUCAAAACCAACUUUUUUAUACCUUAACUGAAAUAAGAAUAUGGUUAAAACUUUGAAUUUGCAUUAUAAAAUGCUUCCAAUUGCAAUAUAAAAUCCUGUAACAGAUUUUGUUAUCUUUGCCCAACAAGAAGUGACUUAAGGCUAGCAAGUGAGCAAAUUAAGAAAUUUCAACUAUGAUAUUUCAAACAGUCAAAGAAAAAUAUGAAACUGUAUAACUCAAAAGCAUUAUAAAUAAAAGCUACAUUUUAAAUAUACCUCUUACUUGAUAGAAAUAUGCAUUUACAAAUAGAUUUAGUUAACUUGACUAAUUCUCUUCUGCAUGUACUGCUUUUGUUGACAUUGGCUUUUGAUACAAUUGCAUUUAGUUCUUUGUUGGGGAAGACAAGAAAGUAACAGAAAAUGUGGAAACACUGUGAAAAUAAUAUUCAACAUUAGGGUAGUAGUAGUUUUGAGAAACAAAAUAUUGAAAGUAGUUUCUGCAUUGCAGAGAGCAUAUUCCAUGUCUACCAAUAUGUUGAUGACAUAAAACGGAUUAAAAUAUAAGUAAUUGCAUUGAGGACAGGAGAUCCUGAUGAAAACUGCUUAUCAUCAAGUUGGUGGGGAACAGUGACCUAUUCAGUCUUGCCUGUGUUCCACUUGAAAUGCGUAUUUUGUGAGAGAAUAUGCUCAAAAUACACAUUUAAAUGUAAUUUUUCAUGCUGGCCAAAGAAAAACUCUCAGAUUAAUGUGAAAAUGGGACAGAGAGGAUUUGUGGAUGAACACAUACAAAAGUGACAUGAACUGGAAAUAGCUUGAUCCAUCCACCUCUACUUUCAACACUCAGAAAAUACUAUAUAAUUGCUAAGUGGUGUUAUAAUUAUAGAAUGCCCAGUAGUUCCAGCUGACAAAAAAACCUGCUUGUUUUGAGGAUAGUAGUUCUCAGUUGGCAGCCAAAGGCAUCGUCAUCAAAUUCCAAUGCAGCAGUUGUGACAAAACACCAGGGAUUGAUUUUUUUUUUGGGGGGGGGAGAAUUAUUUGGAAUAAUAAUUUACUAGCUUCAUCCAACAUGAUUGCAGUGUGCUUUAUUGAGGUGAUAAUGAUGCCCCUGGUACCUUUUGGCUGAGCAGAUGCUAUUCCACAGAAUGUUCAUAUACAUUCUGUCUGCUGAGGGAAGUUGUCUGUGACUUCAGGUUUGGCUGAGGAAACCUCAUUUCAAACCCAAAGGACAGGUUGAUCUGUUUGGACAAGGCAGGUAGACUGAGUACUAGGAAGCUCAAAAGGAAGAGGUUUUGGAAGAAAGGGAAGGUAGUGGUUGGGAGAAAAAGGGAGUGGUGGCUGGAGGAUAGAAGUUCAGCAGGCACUGAAUUGAAAAAUAAGAGCUGGAAGGAAAAUAUAUUACUACUACUACUUACUACUACUAUAUUUAAUUAAUUAUUUUCUUACCCAUCCUCCAACAUGAGCUCAGGUUAGAACUAUUUAAAAAUGCAGUAUUAAAACCUAGAGGUUACCAGAGCAUAGGCAACAGACAUUAGGCUAUCCCUGUUCAGAUAGAAGUGUAUCUGGGCCGCCAGCCAAGGUCAGUGGAAGGCACUCUACACCACUGAGGUCAUCUGAGCCUCAAGAGACAGUGAUGGUUCCAGAAGAAACGCCAAGCUAUGUACCUACUGCUUCAGAGGGAGUGUAACCCCAUUGGGAGCAGGCCACCUCCUAGCCAUUCAUUGCUUCAGUCUAGAUUGUGCUUCAGUUUAUUGGCUCUCAUUGUGUCCAUUACCAAGGCAACGCAUUGGUUCAGCACUCACAAGUAGGUCCCCACUUAUCUCUCUCUCUCUGUCUCUUAAUAUCUUCCCCUGUCUCCAUAAAUCUUUACCUCCAUUUCUGUUGCUGGGGGGAGAGAUUACUCCAGUGGACAACCCUUUACUGGCUCCCAAAGAAGUCAAUAGGAACCAUUGACUUUAGUUUUAGGAGAAAAUCUACUGAAGACAUCAUUUUGAUGAAGACUGAAUUUGCACCUCACGUCUGUGACCUUGGGAAGUGUCAGGAACACCCCCUUCCUCCUUGUAAGUGCCCUCAGUUGCAUCUCUUUGUGCUUUAUCUGAAAAGAGUGACUCCCAUUGAUUUAUGGGCAAGAAAAUAACGUUAGAUUGGCAUACGGACAAUUAGUUUGCUAUUUUUAUAUAUGUUUAGCUGCAUAUGUCUAAGUAUAAUUAGAAUCCAUCCAGUGAAAACCUACUUAUAUAUUCAGACUAAUGACAUAAUCUCUCUUGCAUUCGUGCAGAAUCUGUGCAUGUUUAGCUCUUACAAUUACCCUCCCUUCACCCUAAGGUCCCAGGGCUGAUUACAACCUUGAAACACAGUUUUAAAACACCUUGCAAUCUGAAAAAUAAUGUGACCUAAAGUGUCAGAAGCCAGGGUAAAGAGGUGCAUUUUAAGUAUUUACCGGAAACUGUAUAAUGAAGAUGUGGGGAGUGUGUGCCACAACUCAUAUGUACAUAUAUCUGAUGUGGAUCUCCCUCCUUCCUACCUGCCCUGAGCUUGGUUGGCUGUCACUAUGCGGGGUCACAGUGGAUUAUGCUCAGUGCUUCACAGAUAACUUUGUACCCUUCACAUCCAACCAUCAAGCAACUCAGUUCUCUUCAAAUUCCCAAUACAUGUUGGCUGUUGGGUUGCUGAAUACGGGGGAUACGAGCACCACAUGUGCACUGGCAGGGUGUACUGCAUUGCCUUUGGUGAAGCAGCACACAGCUUCAGAAUGGCAAUAGGGAGGGGAAGGAUCAUGCUGUCAGGUUGUCAGCUAAUUCGUAGCAUUGUUGUGUUUAUAGAAAGGUUGCUGAUUCUAAUCUGCCCUUUGUGUUCCAAGUGCAAGUGAUUCUUGAGAAAGUAAAUCUGUUAACGUUAAUGAAACAAUUGUUUUUCUUGGCAGUCCCAUAAAAACAGUUUUUCCACAUUGCAUUUAUUAAAGGAUGCUUUCUUGGAAAAAAUAGUUUUAAAAUAAUAAUGCAAUGGAAAUCAUAAUUAUUUAGAUUCCUUGAAUAUCAUCGUUACUGAAACAUGGAGAAUAUCCAUUUAAUUGCUUGGGUUUUAGUACAGCAAACACAUUUGAUUUCCUUGUAUCCCCUGUAAUAAAUUAUAGUACAACAUUUUGUUCAAACACUACAGGGAAUGCUGCUUUGCCCUGCUAACUAUGAUUCAUGAUAUGGUGUUCAAAAUUAAUUUUAUUUAUCUCUCAUGAUAAAAGGAAGCACUUUAUAAAUGAGUUUUCAGUCUUAGCUUUUUCUUGAUUCAAGUCAUCUACUCCUACUCUACAUUUACUUCUAACUUAACUGAAACUUCUCACUUCUUACCUUCCUUAGUCUAACUUUUCUGUUGUUGUGUAUUCAAGGCAUAAUUAAUUUUGGAUAAAGGGAGUAGGUGCGCUUCUCCUAGCAGUCAUGAGAGUCAAUUGGGUCUACUUCUGAUGUUCCUUAAUCAAGUUAGUUUUAAUGCCAUACCUGGUUGGUAACUCAAGGUUGGUUGGCUGUUCGUUGGAACUGUUAUAAAAUCAGUGUGGUUUUUUCCCUAGGUGCUUGUAAGCAUAUAUCAUACAAUCAUAGACUCAUAGAGUUUAUUUUUUCAAAAUGUUUAAGUUGAGAGGGGUGCUUCAAACCGAACUCCUGGGGCAUUGCCUAGGGAUGAAUCAUUCUGAAAAAAGUGAUAUCAGUCUAAUCUGCAGAUUAUUUUCUAUUUAUCAUCUUGCUCCUUGAUCUUGGUUCAACCUGUUCUGUUAAAAUACACAUUUUUAAUUAAUAGUUAAAAUAGGUUUGUGUACAAACAUUUUGUAUUGCAUUUGUCCCUGUAAUAACUAUUUUCAUCAGCCUCGACUCCUGAAAUUUUUUUGGCGUAUACAGCAGUAUUGGUGAAUAGUCCUUUUCUGUAUGAACCCUGUUUUAAAUUAAGAAAAUCUUACUGAACUAAGUGGAUAUUUUGUCUUGAAUAGGCUUUUCCUUGUAUUAUAUUCUGAAGAUAACCAGCUACUUAGUUUUGGUGUGAACUUCUAAGGUGCUAUAAAGCAUAACCUCAAGAUUAAAGGUAAAGGUAAAGGGACCCCUGACCAUUAGGUCCAGUUGUGGCCAACUCUGGGGUUGCGAUGCUCAUCUCGCUUUAUUGGCCGAGGGAGCCGGCGUACAGCUUCUGGGUCAUGUGGCCAGCAUGACUAAGCCGCUUCUGGCGAACCAGAGCAGCGCACAGAAACGCCAUUUACCUUCCCGCCGGAGCGGUAACUAUUUAUUUGCUUGCACUUUGACGUGCUUUCGAACUGCUAGAUUGGCAGGAGCAGGGACCAAGCAAUGGGAGCUCACCCCGUCACGGGGAUUCGAAUCGCCGACCUUCUGAUCGGCAAGUCCUAGGCUCUGUGAUUUAACCCAUAGUGCCACCCGCGUCCCUAACCUCAAUAUUACUGUAAUGCUAUUUCAUUACUUGAGAUAAGUGGCCUAGAAAAUGGGUUGUAAGGGUCAUUUAGUCCAACACCUGCUAUGCAGAAUCUUUUGAUCAACAUGGGGCUCCAACCUUGAGAUUAGGAUGGGUUUAGUGUUCAAAAUGUUGAAUGAUUUGACAAAGAUUGUGAGGCUCGUAAGCAGUCCUAUUGUUUAUUAACUUUGAAUUUCUGCUUGGUAAGUACAAAAAUUACCAGUAGGUGCCAAGAAGGCCUCUCUUGAAUUUUUUUUUUUUGGUGUCAUUUCCCAGAACUGUUAUACAGGAGCUAUUCAGGUCUCCCCCCAAGUUUAACUGAGUUGUUUCUGUAGUUGUACUGUGUCAUGGUCUGUGAAGGGCAUCUUGUGUCAUCUUAUGACUGCCUGCAUUGUUUCCUUUGGUGUAUGUAAGAAUCUUGUAGCUGAAGAACCUUUCUCAAGAAUAAUAUGCAAUCACAUAAAAAUAGGCAAAAAGGAACGGUUUUUGCUGGGAGUGAUGGGGAAAGCUCUAAGUAACUGACGAAUUAUAUGAGCUUACAAAGCAGCCUUCUAGCAUUCAGAAGGCACAUGGAAGUUCAUUAAUUACAUUCCUGUUUUUGACAUGUUAUUGAUCAUGGUGUGUGAGACACACACUUAAUGUUAAUAUAACCAGGGCACAGGCUGUAUUAGUUGCACAGGCUUGCUCAAUGUUUUGGUUUAGUGCCAGCAGAUUAGGUUUGUGCCUUUUUUUGCCACUCACAUAGCUAUUAUGUGAAGGCAAACUUGUGCCAGAUGGUAAAUGUUAUUUCCUGUGAGGUUAAGGGUGGGAUCCGUGAUGCUAUUAUCAUGGACAUUAAGAGGAAAAGCCAAAUGUAUACUGCACUUUGCAGGGAUUACUCUUAAGAAACACAUCCUGAAAAUUAUUGGCAGAUCUCUCCCAUCCCCUUCCCUUUCUGAAAUGCUGUGAAAAACUGUGACUCUUUUAAGGAGAAUGAGUUCUUGAGAAGACACACCAACUCUAAUGGCCAUAGCUUUAGAGAAUUAACUGUUUGGGAUCUAGGAAAGGUAAAACGAAUAGAUGAAAAUGGCUAAAAAGUAAACCUAUGGUGUGUGCCUGUAAUGCUAACAUCUCACUUGCUAUAUAUGUGUUCUGCUUUCAAAGGGUAGAGAAGCACCCACACCAAUGCAGUAGGCAAGCAUUUGAUUUAACAAAGGUGCUGCCUUGUCCCCAUCCCUGCUAUCUGCACACUAGAAAUCAUAAUCACAUAAGUUGCUUAUUUUCUUCAAAACGCUCAUAUAAUUCAUCAAAGUUUCCAGUGUGGUUCACAAAAACCGUGGUAAAAUACGAAACUGAAUUACAAUAAAAUAAAUAACAACACAAUAAACAAAUACAGUUAAAAGCCUUGGGGAAUACAAGGUGCUGAGAGGUAAGCAUGUUGCAGCCAGGCAGGUCUCCCUGGGGAGGGAAUUCAGAUUGAGUAGAUUCAAUCUGUGGUCACCCAAUAGCCUUGCCUUAUCCUUAUAUUGUUUAAUUCCUAUGCUGCACUGAACUUUGUAGCACUGUAUUUGUGUGGAAUUGUAUUGAGUAGUGUCUGUUCUUUGCUUGCUUAAAAUAGAAUUUCCCCCUCCCCAACUAGCUUACUGGCUGGUGUGCCCUUGAAGUCUUCCUUGACAUAUUGUCAGAAUUUAAGUUUUAAAAGUUGUAGAUUCCUAACUUGACAAAGAAAACAGAACCAUUUCCUGUACAAGGAAAAAUGAAUAGUUCAGUUGAAUUGGGGCAGCCAUUCCACUACUGAGGAGAUUAUCCAGAUUAUGAUCUUCUAUCACAUUUGCAGUGAACAUGAACUGCUUCUCUUUCUAACUUUGUAUAGUUACAAAGCAUGCAUGGCAGUUCUUUCCUUUAUGCUGUGAAAAAAGAUGUCAUCAGUUUCUGUUAAGUCUUCUAGAUUUGAUAACAACAGUAGCUGGAAUCUGCAAUGUCUUUUUGCCAGUUUUUGACAAUAAACUAUGUUGGUUCGAAAUGCGAUAGUUUUUGCAUUGAGUUGCUGACUUUUAUCUACCCUGUAACGUGUGCUUUUUGGACAUUGCCGUUUCAUGAUAUGAACACAUCGUGCAAUUCCACUCCUCCUUCCUCUGUUUUUCCUACCGUGGGGAAUGUGUGUUUUGACCAAACAAGAAAAAAACAAACAAAUCUGGUUCAACCAUUAAUUUUAAAAUAGAUUCAGGAGCUGAUAUCACAGUUAUUUCAGAUAAGGCCUACACAGGGUUCAAGGAUCCAAGACAUGCAUAUGGCAGAAACCAUUUUACAUAGUUCUGCAUAAUUCACCACAAUACUUCUUGUAAGGCUUUUUGCAAUACAUUCUCCAUCUGUUCAAAUAGUUUCGAUAUUAUACACACACACACACAUUUAGAAGGCCACAAAACACAUUUCUUCAGGUUGAAGAAAUGAGUCAGAAUAAAUCAGACUAGCAGUAAAGAGUUCACAUUUGUGAAUACACUGUCACGCUUGACAGUUUUCCCUUGUAGAUGUUUCCCUCCCCUCUUUCCAAAACUAUAUUGGCUUUUAAACUGUUUCAGUGAAUUGCUAGAUGUGUGAUGUGUAAUCAAGUAACAUGAGCUUCAGGUGACUCAGAGAUGCAUAAAAACAUGCAUUUUGUAAGGCUAUUUUAAAUACAUAUAUUGACAGUAAUCUGCAAGGAAGUCUUCAAACAUUUUGGAUAACAAAUUCUGAAAAUAUGCCUAAGAAAGGUAUGGCUGUUUUAGUGCAAAGUAAAGCAUCUUGGCAUGCAUAUAUGAAUCAAAGUUUCCUUCCACAAUGGUGCUAUCACCACAUACCCCAAAAGCAUAUGGUACAGCAGUGGCAGAUCUUGGGGUCUCAAAUUUCAGCAGCACCCUGUGCAAUGCCAAAAUCCAGCACCCCCAACUCUCAUUCUGCCUCUCACCUUCCAGUCUAUAUAAUAGUUGUGGUGCCCCUGUGAUGCCCCCGUGCGACUAAAUCGGUCAUGCUCCCCUCAGUCUGCCUAUGGGUACAGACCUGCUCCCACAGUACCACAUCUCCAGCAAUUAUCUGAGGUUGGUUCAGAGUUGAUGAAGUGAUGAGGCUUCCAAUUGAUUUUUUAAUUCAACACCCCCCCCCCGGAUUAACCUGACUUUUAAGACCCAGCAAGGAAACCUUAAUAUCUGAUGCAGAGAGUGUAAGGGAGUAUGGGCUGGCUGGCAUUUUGAUGAUAGCGAUAUAUCAUUACUGUGAAAAACGUUUUGAGCAUGAGCCACACCAAGUCCACAAUAAACUGCCAUGUGGAAGCAUCCAGAAGACUGCUUUCUGUAUCCUAUACACAGACAAAGAUACUAAGCAGGAUCACUUGUAGCAAAGGUCUGUAGUCUCAUACUUUAGAACAAAGUGGGAUAAAAAGAUAAAGAGAACGGAGUGAAAGAAACAACAGAGGGUGAAAAAGAAAAAAAGUGGAGAGUUAUUUUUUGAUGCAUAGGAGUAUGCAGCUAUAAGUCCAGUAAUAAGUAACUAAAAUACAUAUUGUGCAGUUACAAUGUUUAACUUCAGAAGCCAGAUAUGGUGUUACCUUUCAAUGUAGUCUGAUAGAUGGCAUAAUUCACUUUUCACUACAGAGCUUAGCAGUAACACUUAAAAUGCCACUUUUCUCCUUCAUCUCAGUCCAUAUGUCUUUUGUUUCCCCAGUCAUCAGAGAUAGUCAUUUUCCAUAACAGAAUUUACAGUGCUGUUGUUUCCCAGGUACUAUUUAGUUAAGUAGUUGUAGGACGCGGGUGGUGCUGUGGGUUAAACCACAGAGCCUAGGACAUGCUGAUCAGAAGGUCGGCAGUUCGAAUCCCCGCGGCAGGGUGAGCUCCCAUUGCUCGGUCCCUGCUCCUGCCAACCUAGCAGUUUGAAAGCACAUCAAAGUGCAAGUAGAUAAAUAGGUACCGCUGCUGCGGGAAGGUAAACGGCGUUUCUGUGCGCUGCUCUGGUUCGCCAGAAGUGGCUUAGUCAUGCUGGCCACAUGACCCAGAAGCUGUACGCCAGCUCCCUCGGCCAAUAAAGCGAGAUGAGCAUCGCAACCCCAGAGUUGGCCAUGACUGGACCUUUACCUUUACCUGUAGGAUGUGGGUACAAACUAUUGUGGGAUUCCUACUUGGUGUGUGUGGGGGUUCUCCAUCUGUGCUAUGGCCAGCUUUUGAUUACAGAGACCUAAAGUCUGUGUGCAGAUAAUGUGUGAUGAAUUUAUAGACAUACUAUGUGUCUCAGAAACAUCAUGGAUUCAGUGGCAGCUGAUAAGGUGGGGGCAGUAAACACCAGUGACCAAUAUCUGCAGAGACCGAGCGGCAAGAGAGUUUAGAUCCUUUCUGAUAAGCAUCUGUUGGAGGAAGGAAGUGUCUUUUGCAGGAUGACACAAGAGCACAGCUGGUGAAUAGCCAGCAGCACCCUGAAAUUGUAUGGUCCAAUGGUCUUGGGGACCUGUGGCCAUUCAAAUGUUGUUGGACGUCAACUCCCAACAGGGCCAGCCAGCAUGGCCAAAGGCUCAUGACUAUGAGAGUUGUAAUCCAGCAACAACCUCAUCAUUGGUGUAUAGGGUGCUGCCUGAAUUGCCACCAGCCUUGGUUCCCCUAAGGUUACUGGCAAAUUCAUAGGGCUCCUUCCCCCUCUUAUAGCCACUCAGAGGCUGUGGCUGUUUACAAUUUUCUGCCCUACCUCAUGGGCUGCCACAGCAUGAGUAAAGUGCUUGUCUUUAUCAGCAAGGUAGUGAAAGCAUAAGAGCAGUGUGUUGUAACUGUUCUUUUAGGUUUCUUGAUAUUUUAUGAGUAGCUUUUAGCUGAAUGUCACUGCAAUUCAGUUUUGUUAAAUCAAAUUUAAGUAAUUUUAUGAUUGAAGCAUUUUCCGUGAAUGUCUCCUCCACAGCCACUCACUAACAAUUAUCCAACACAGUUUUAGCACAUCAAAAUGUUCUCACUAAAUAAUAUAUAAUUUUUGGAUGGCACAAGCUACAAUUUGGAGAUAUCUCAUCCUGGCACUAUACAAUGAAAUGUAUAAAAAGCUUCUGCCAGGAUUUAAUAGUUACUUAAUAGUAGCCUUUUAAGUGGGCACAAUAAUUUCCUAGUCUUUCAGGCUUUUAUCCUCCAGCACUGGAACAUUGGGUUGUAAAUUGCAAAAGCAUUCCAGAAUCUGUUCUAAUAUUUUGUGUGCAUUUGUAUACUCAUCCCUGAGGAGGUUUUUUUCUCGUUUAAUUUUAUCCCCUUUAUUUUAAAGUUAUUAGGGGUGGGGGUGGGAGAUAAAUGUAAGAUAAAGACAGAGCGCAUCAUUGUCUGCAUCAGCUGGAAGUACCACAAAAAUGUUGUGCUUCUGUUACACAGUUGCAAUUAUCAAGAUAAUUUUUAGUUAAUGUACAGUUAUACCUUUAAAAAAGAUAUUUGCAUAUAUGUUAGGAUGUAGAAUCAUUUCACAAUAUCUACACAAUUUAGAGUGGUAGAACUGUGCACUUUCCAAUUGAUCAAGAUUUCUUACAUAUUAGGAAUAUAGGAAGUUGCCUUCUACCAGGUCAGAUUAUUUGUACAUCUGAUUCAGUGCUGUCCCCUUGACAAGCAGCAGUUCUCCAGGGUCUCUGGCCAGGGAUAUUUCCCAUCAUUUGAAGAAGAGUUUGGAUUUGAUAUCCCACUAUAUCACUACCCUAAGGAGUCUCAAAGCGGCUAACAUUCUCCUUUCCCUACCUCCCCCACAACAAACACUGUGAGGUGAGUGAGGCUGAGAGACUUCAGAGAAGUGUGACUAGCCCAAGGUCACCCAGUAGCUGCAUGUGGAGGAGCGGGGACGCGAACCCUGUUCACCAGAUUAUGAGUCCACUGCUCUUAACCACUGCACCACACUGGCAGUUCUCUGAUCCUUUUAAGCAGAAAUGCCAAGUAUUGAUCUGCAUGCAAAGCACAUGUGACUCCAUUAAGCUAUGGUCCCUUGUCCUGUUGUAUCUUGAAAGAGCAAUAAAAAUAUAGCCACAACACAUAAUAUAUGUGGAAUUAUUAAGAAGUCAGUACAGUAUUGCUUCAAGCAUUUAAAGGCAGCAGACUGUAGGUAAAACCCUGGUCUUACUGAAAUCCAGCGUGUGCUACCAAAGGAAAUAAAGGUAAAGGUACCCCUGCCCGUACGGGCCAGUCGUGUCCGACUCUGGGGUUGUUCGCCCAUCUCACUUAAGAGGCCGGGGGCCAGCGCUGUCCGGAGACACUUCUGGGUCACGUGGCCAGCGUGAUGAAGCUGCUCUGGCAAGCCGGCACCAGCGCAGCACACGGAAACACCGUUUACCUUCCCGCUAUAAAGCGGUACCUAUUUAUCUACUUGCACUUGAGGGUGCUUUCGAACUGCUAGGUGGGCAGGAGCUGGGACCGAAGACGGGAGCUCACCCCGCCGCGGGGAUUCGAACCGCCGACCAUGCGAUUGGCAAGCCCUAGGUGCUGAGGUUUUACCCACAGCACCACCCGCUUCCCAAUACCAAAGGAAAUAGGGAUGUGUAUAUUCCAAGGACACAGAGACUUUGCACAUCAUUAGCCAUUACAGAGGGUGUAGCUAUAGAGUCUGAAAUCUGUUCAAAGCCAGAAAUUGGGAAUCCAUGAGCAUGGCAUGUUUAGAAAGUUGGCAAUGCUUGGGUGUACCAAAGUUCAUACAAGACGCAGUUUAGUGCUCUCUUUUUCAGAAUCUGGAAAAGCAAAUCUUUUUUCCAAUAUCUGGUUCUAGAGCUCAUGACUACAGAUUUAAAGGCCAUUUAUUUUAAACAAACAUAAAAGUGGCCUAAGUGUAGGUCUAGUCCAAGAUAACUGCACUUAGUUUCCAUUUGAAGCAGUGAGAUUUAAGAUGAUGCUAAUUUGUCCCAUUGAUUUUAUUGGGACCUAAGUUCAACUAACUCCCUUUGAACCCAACUUUAGAUAAGAAGACUAGCCAUCUGGCCUGGUUCUGACCAACAUUUAGAGCAACAACCAGUUGCCAUUGGACUCCAUCUCCCGUCAGCCCCAGUUAGCAUGGGCAUUGGUUAGGGAUAUUGAGAGAUGGAGUUGGGCAACACAUGGAGGGCACUAAAGUGGCUGUCCUUGAGCUAUAGUACGGGAACAACCAUGGAUAAGACUAUUUGGUUACAUGCCACACCAGUGUUGCUCUGUAGAAAAUUAGUAUGUCAGGAAAAAGGCUAAGCCCAGGUAGGUCCAAAACAUGCUAUUUUUUGGUGUUCCCAGAUGACUUAUUUAUUUUGGUAAGGGUACAUUUAUAUAUGUAAUUCCCACCUGUAGCCUUAAACUGGAGGUGGCCAAUGUGGUGUCCUCCAGAUGAUAUGUACUACAACUCUCAUCAUCUGUGACUAUUGGUCAUGCAGGUUGGAGCUGUUGGGAGUUGUAGUCCAAAUUACAUGGGGGGUACCUUAUUAGCUAUCCCUGCCUUAAAGAGUAUAGGCCAGGAAAUGUUUCACCUCUUGAUUUGCAUUAAUUCACACAUGAUAAUCUGUACAACAGCCUGCUAUCAUCAUCAUCAUAAUCAUCAUCACUUUUAUUACUACCAUCACCACCAACUGAGUUCAUGACUGAGGUAAGAUAUGACUCACAAAUCUGCUCAUAUCUUAGUGUCUAUAACAUUAGGCUGCACUAACUUUUAGUUUUUGCUGCACUUUUAUUUAGGACUAGUUGUGAUUUUACAUCUAGUAUGGUUCUAGUUAACAUCAGCAGUGAGCAAAGGAAAUAACUGUUGUUUUUGUGUUUAAUCAGAAGUGGAAAGAUUGUUCCCUCUUUCAGGAAUCAAGAACAUUCAGCACUGAAUGGAUAUUCCAUGAGGCCGGCUGUUAAUUUGCAUAUUUUGGUUCCAUGUGGUUUUGCACAAUUUGCAUAUUGAUGCAAAGCUGGAGAUGGAGAACAUGUUGUACCAUGUUCUUGUUCUAAUUCAAGAAAGUGAAAAAUAUGAGUCUGUCCUUUGAGAAUCUUCAUAUGGGUUUAGAGAUCAUGCAUUUAUUUGAACUUUAAAAACUUUUCAGACCUUUUAGUGCCUCCCCUGUUUUAUUCCAAAACUUAGCUCUGUUACUCUUAAUGUACGUCCCAAAGGUCAUCAGUUGUUCAGUAUAUAGGUGGCAAACCUCUUGCAUCUCCUUCCACAAGGAUGAUAUUUGUAGAGCUUUUAUUAACAUUUAGAUAUUUAUUAUAUUAUUUUAAGCUAGAAGCUACCGUAUUUUAAGUAAGUUUGAAUAGCUAAGACCUCUCUCCCUCUUCUGGUUGAACUGUUUAAAGACAACUUUGCUGUUUUAACUAUAUAAUAUAAUAUAAUUUCUAUACUAAUUCCAAAUUGAGUCUUCCUGUGUUUAUGUAGUUAUAACUGCAUUAAUUAUGGACAGGCGAGGCAGACCAGAAGACAUGGGGUAAGUUUGAGAUACUCACAAGUAAAUAAGACUUGCAGGAAAAAUUCCCAAGAAGCAAGAGAGACCUGGUCUGAAUAGAGACAUUGGAUUCUUAUCUCAUUAUACAUGAUAAAGCUAUUUUUAGCCAUCUCACUCCUUGCUUUUUCCUGUAAGACCAAUUGCAGUUGUUAACAGUCGUCAACAGUCAUCAACAUUUACCACACCUAUCAGCCAAUCACCCAUUCCCACCACCCUUCUGAGUAAUACCCCUCCCCACCCUCUCACUCUAUAUAAGGGUCUGGUGACUUCUGUUUCAGUGUAUCUGAAGAAGUGCACACACACACGAAAGCUCAUACCAAUAACAAACUUAGUUGGUCUCUAAGGUGCUACUGGAAGGAUUUUUUUUACCCCAAUAAGCAAAUUACUCAAAAGAGUCCCAUGAUAGCUCAAUGGAUUGGAAGGUUGAGAGAUGAAGAGGGGUGGGUGGAAACUGACAUCUUGAUGGGAGGGAAGAGACACUGAAGCUGUUAGAGCAGAAGAAUGGGCAUUCUGAGUACCAUCUCAUUCUGGAUAAAUAGCUUCCUGGUUCACAUCAAGAAGCUGUUUUUAUUGUUCCCCAGAGAUGAAAAAGGGAGCUGACAUAAAUAGAGAAAUUAAAUAAUUUAAUGUAUUUGGGAGCAUAAGUACGUUCAUCUCACCUUAUGCUCUCCCUUCCACAUACAAAAAACCCCAAAGAAACCCAAAAUGGGGGUGGGAAGCGACACACAUGUUCAAAUGGCGAUCACGCCCUCAGAACAGUCCAAUGAGGACCGAGCAUGGUCUGUGAGCAUGGAAUGCUGGCUGCUUGACUGCAGGGGAACAAAAAUAUGAGAAAGUAGGGAUGGAAUGGAGUGGCUUGAAACCUGAACAGAAGCACUCAACAUUUCAGCAUUUUGUUGCAGGGUUCCACUUUUAAUUGCUUAGUGUGUAAAAAUAUACUUGACUUUGGUGCCAGAGUUCAAUAUUCCAGUUUUGGUAGGGGUAUAUGAUUUGAAGAGAACUAGCAUGCCCAUAUGAAAAAAACAGUAGCAAAGAUGUAUAUGUUCCCAAAAUAUUCACAUUUUGCUCACAAAAUAUUGUGCUAGUGGUGUCAGCAUGAAAAUUGCAGCUGCUGUGUAUGUAGGAGUUCUCAGAAAAGAUAAUAGUGUUCUGAAAACAUGAAAUUGGUAUUAGAUUAAUUAAAUUCCUAAACUCAAUGUUCUAAUCAGGAUUAUUGUUGCAUAUCUUCAGUUGACUUUAAUUGGAGUUGCAUGACUGAGAUCCAGUUUGUAAUAUGUUCAAAAAUUUAACUUACAGAAAUUGUAUUUACUCAAUGAGUAAAUGCUAUUCCCAUUUAAGGCCAUACAUGCCAUUUAGUUAGCAUUUUAAAUAAUAAUUAAUUAAGCUUCACACAUAAAUAUGCUAAGCUCACCUGCUUACACUAUUCCAUAUUAUGCCCACAUUCACUUUGUCGGACAUUAACAUCUUCAGUAGGGCUUUGGGGGUACUCAAGAGCAGGUCAAAUUCUAGGGGGUGGUCUGAAGGCACAUGAGAUGGCCACCUUACUGAAACUAAGCAAGUCUGCAUAUGUGUCCAUAUGUGGAAUCCAGAUGUAUGCUGCUUUGGGCUCUAUCGCAGUAGAAAGGUGGGAUAAAUGUAGGAGAUGAAAUGAGAGGCAGCUCAGGGAGCUACAGGGGCAAUGAAUGAUUGGUGACAUUCGCUUCCAUGCUUCCUCUAGCAGGGAGCCUUUACUCUGUAUCUCAGGGACUUUCAUAAAUAGUACACAAAAGGAAUCCUUCUAUUGCCAGAAUGGCUAAACUGGAUCCAACGCAUUGUUUUGCACAAGUUGCUAUAUUUUCAGAAUAUUAAAAAGCACAUUUAUGUCUGGAAUCAGGAACAGAAAUAUUAGUCAUGUGUCCCUAUGGUGCUAGGAUUAUGGAGGUGGCAUUUCUUGUUCUAAUCUUUGGCCUUCACUAGCAGCUUUGGGGACUUCAGCUCCCUCAGUAUUGUUUGGCAGACGGCUGUGCCCCCCCCAUAUUGAGAGGGCUGACACCCCUCCAUGUGCCACAACCCCAGUUUCCACCCAGUAACCCAGGAGCCAGGCGGUGGCUGGGACAAGUGCGGAAGAUCUUUGCUUCACUCGUCCCAGCCAUAGCCCGGCUUCUGAGCUGCUGGGCUGUGAUUGGGACAAGCAAACAUGGCAGCAUGUGACAUGACAUGUCACAUGACCACACCCUCUCAAUGUGGGAGGCAAGUCGGCACCCCUGGCCUUCACUGUGGUUUUCCUUUUACCUCCUCUGCCUGCUAGGUGGCAGAACCCACUGAGGUCAUGUGAGGCAAGGGGUGGGGCUGAACAGCUAGGAUUCGCUUAGCCCAUGAUGGAGGCUGUUAUUUCCUUGCAGCCAUUUGCUAAUCUCUAUCCUCAAAUGCCAGGUCCUUCAACAAAGUUAUGGUUUUAUAAAUCAGAUUUUAAAAUGUUUCACUAAGUGGUACCUGGAUUUGCUGACAUAUCACUCUUGACAUUCUCUCUCUCUUUUUCAUCACUUUUCUUUUAAUAAUUCUCCUUGUCAGCUUCUCACCUUUUGUGCCCUGCCAUGGUGACUAUAUACAGUGGAAAACAUAUGCACAUAAUUUAGACCUGCCUGUGACAGCACUAAGGAAUGAGACAUUAAUUUAUAGACAUAGUGCUCCAGAACUGAUUGUUGGUAAAGUGCUUUUUCCAAAAUGCAAGGUAAAAAGAAUUCCCUGCUUCAACUGCAGCUAAGCCUGUGAAGUGAGUGGGAGGUUGCUGAGAGAGCAGAAGUGGCGGAUUUGGAUGUCCUCUUUACGUUUUGCAAGAGCCAAGGCCUGGUCCUGUGUCUUGCAAGUGCUGGGAACAAGUGGCACAAUUGGGACUUAUACAAGCCCACUUCCUGCCUUUUCUAGACAUCAGUUAGGACAGGCAAGCUUCAACGUAAAAAUGGUAGCUCAUCCCAAAUAAGUGGACAUCAAUCUGAAGCAGUAAUUCUACACUUUUGGGCAGUCCUUUUGGAGCUGCCAUACAGGGCUGCUGUGAUCAGGCUUGGGUUGGUAAGCUUUGACAGAGGAGCUGAAAGAAAUGGUGGGAACCUGGUUUGGAGUAGUCCAAGAGGAACAAUGUGGUAUUCUUAAAAAUACAGCUUUAUGACUGGGUUUAAAAUUCCAUGUUGCCAAGUAUUUGAAACAGGUGAAAUAGAACAGAGAAAGAGACAAAAUGGAUCAGGAUAUUGGAAGAACAUCAGGUACUUUCUAUGCUAGAUUUGCAUACCUUGCCCCCGCAAGAAGGUUCCAGGUGGAUACAAACUCAAACACCAACUCUCUCAUAUCCGAAGGCAUAAUUUGUUAAUGAUGCCAUUGAUCAAGAAUUAUAGCUAUGGUGCAUGUGUUAUGCCCAGUGCUCUUAUGGCAGAAUUUGGAUAAUAUAAAAUCCGCUUUCUCACUUUUGAUUUUGAAUCCUGAGGACUUUGAUAAUCUGUGAUUUGCUUUUAGAAUAGGUUUUAUUUUGAAAAGUGCCCCCAAUGGGAAGUUCUAUUUCUCGUUCAGCCUUUGGGCAAUUUAGUUAUUUUUUUUAAUUGAGUUUGAAAGAAAGAACAGGGAACGUGACUGUGGGCACAUUUAUUAGCUUUAGAUUUUAUGGUUGGUGGUGGAGAAGGGACUGUGAAAUCAAUAUAGGGAAUCAAACAGGGAUUCAGGGGGAAGAUCAAGAAAGAGAGGAAAGAGGAGCAAUAUUUUUUACCUUUGUGUCAGGUUGGUUGAGGACAUUAGGGGUUACCUAGUUCAGGAAAAGGAUGCAGGGACUGGCCACCAAGAAAGACACUCAUAAGGUUGGAAUGGGGUUGCUAUUCAUGGUUGUGGAGGUUUGUCCAAAACAGAAGAGUUGCAGCUUACUUCAGCUUCCUACAGGUCGAUUGUGUAAUCUAUCUAGUGUAGUUUUGGUUUGAUCUGAGUAGUGCUGCGGGACAUCUUAACUAGCAGCCAACGCCAGUCUUUCCCAGCAUUUAGCAGGAUAAAUGGCACCCACUAUUCCACAUAUCAGUUUUAGUAGCUAAUGGUAUUGGCCCUACCAUUAGGGAGAGUGAGGCAACUGCCUCAGGCAGCAGAUACUGGAGGUGAGGAUUGCAGCAAGGUGUUGGCAAAUAUGGCUGUUCUGUAUCCACUAAGCCUGCCCUGCAUCCUUUAAGCUGGGGUGCUGCCUGCAGAAAUAUGACCUCUUGUCCCUAGUCUGAUACCAGUGUGGUGGUGGAGACAGUGUUCUAGGCCUCAGGCAGCAAAAUGUAGAUACCUAUGUUGCUGGUGUAUUUUGCCAUUCUUCUUUAUCAGUCCCACCUGUUCCUUUCUGCCCUUUUAUUCCUCCCCCUCCCUUCAAAGCAAUUCUCAUUUGUGGAGGCAAAGGCCCUAAAAAAGUCCAAUAUGGAGGCCAAAUGGCCAAAAUAUUGGGAGAUCUUGGAACAAGAAGGAGACAAAUUUAAAUUGCAGAGUUUUGAAAAAUUAAAAGAUAGAGUGCGAGACUGGUUGCAUUAUUAUCAAAUAAGAGAGGUCUAUAAUUUGGAUAGAAAAAUUGGCUUCCAGGUGGAAAAAUCAAAGUUGGAAACAGAACUGCUAGAUUCCAAAACUAAAACACUUUCAAGAAUGUAUAACUUGCUGCUAAAAUGGAAUACUCAGGAUGAAACGGUAAAAUCUGCUAUGAUUAAAUGGGCACAGGAUAUUGGACAUAAUAUUAUGUUUGCUGACUGGGAACGGUUAUGGACCACAGGUACGAAGUUCACAGCAUGUAAUGCUUUAAAAGAGAAUAUUAUGAAAAUGGUGUACAGGUGGUACAUGACCCCAGUCAAGCUAGCAAAGAUCUACCAUUUGCCCGAUAAUAAAUGCUGGAAAUGUAAGGAAACUGAAGGUACAUUCUUUCACAUUUGGUGGACGUGCCCAAAGAUUAAGGCCUUCUGGGAAAGGAUAUAUAAUGAGUUAAAAAAAGGUAUUUAAGAAUACCUUUCUAAAGAAACCAGAGGCCUUCCUCCUGGGCAUGGGGGGCCACGUGGUGCAAAAGACAGACAGACCUUAAUUUAUGUAUGCAACAGCAGCAGCCAGACUACUCAUGGCAAAGUAUAGGAAGACCCCAGAUCUACCCACUCUGGAAGAAUGGCAGAUGAAGGUAAUCGAAUAUAUGGAACUGGCCGAGAUGACUGGCAGAAUCCGCGACCAGGGAGAAGAGUCGGUGGAAGAAGAUUGGAAGAAAUUCAAAGUCUAUCUACAGAAAUACUAUAAAAUCAAUGAAUGUUAAAUUGAAGUCUGAUUGAAAAUAACUGGUAUUGGCAAAAGUUUUGUGAUUAAGAGUAUGGAAUAUUUGAUGGAUAAGGCUGUAAAAAUACUUAUAUAUAAAUACAUUGAGUUUUUUGAGUUAAGUUAAUGAAAGGAGGGUAAGGAUUUGCUGAAAGGAGGUUUUAAAUGGAAAUGCAAGCGGGGAGAUGCGGGGAAGUCAAAGAACUAGGUAAAGAUAAGAAGGCUAAACGAAAGUACAAUAUUUUUAAAUUUUUCUGUUUCUUUUCUUUUUCUUUUUUUUUUUCAUUCUUUGUUAUGGAUACUGUUAUUUCUGUUUAUUCUUUGUCAUGGUUAUUGUUGUUUUUUGUUUGUUGAAUUUUUGUAAUUUUGUAUUUUCUGGAAUUUUUUCUUGUAAAACCAAUAAAUAUCUUAUUAAAAAAAAAACAAAGCAAUUCUCAUUUGAUUUGUAGCAAAGAUAUUUGUAAGCAUGACAGAGGUCCUUGUCUCUUAGCUGUAGCUUUUGCUCUUUUUCUGUGUAAUCAACACCACCAGUUUUUUUAAAUCAUAUCCUUAUAUUUAGAUUUUUAUGUUGAUAAUUGCUGAAGAAUAAGCUAUAACUGACAGAACAUUUUGGUGAAGAUAUCUUUCAAAAGACAGAUAAUGUUUGCAAAUACUAAAAUAUAUCUAUAAAGUGAGCAGUAUGAAACAUCACGUUUCUAGGAUAUCAGAUGAAUGAACACCCUGUUUUUUUCUCCAUCUCUGCUAUAACAAUACCACAGACACGCCUCUUGAUCUACUUAUGUGGAAAAUAUAUGAAGAAGCUAGUUUCUGCAUGUCUAUGCAUAGCUGAGUGACGGUGUUUUUGCACAAAUUGGUGAUGCACAUCAGUGCCACAAUUAGAUACUUGUAUACCCUGCAUGGGCUACCAAUUUUGCACAUGUCCUCUUGGUAAGCAUGGAUUCAAAAUGAUUGAGUAAUAAUAAUAAUAAUAAAUAAAAAUAAUAAAUAAUAAAUUUUAUAUAUAUAUAUAUAUAUAUAUAUAUAUAUAUAUAUAUAUAUUUAUAUUUGUAUCCUGACCUCGCCGGCCGAGGCCAAAUGCCUGGGAGGGAAUAUAUGUUUUAUGUUGACAGUGCAAAAUCAUCAGCUGUGCCUUCAGAGGGAGGAAGUUGCACAAAUAGUCUGCCACCAAAGAGAAAGCCCUAACACAAGUCACAGUGCAAUGAGCCAUACCUUUUGAUGGGAAGUGCCUCUUCUGCAGGCCCCAAGGCUGGCUUGGCAGACAUGGAACUCCAUCAAGUGCUUGUGUCCUAGGUCAAUCAGGGCUUUGUAUGUUCAAAGUUGACACCUUGAAUGGUGCCUGGUUGCACAUAAGCAGACAGUGCAGCUCCUGGGAAAUUUGUGUUAUCACUUUGCUGUGUCACUCAAAAUUCUUGGAGAGGUUCAUGGGUUGGGGGGAAAGACUUGACAAGCCUGUAUUGGUGUAGACAUUUUUCUGCAUUAAUAAGAGUGAAGUGGUUUACACCACAGGAAAAGAAUCAUUUUAAAAACACGUUAAUGAGCUUGCCUUGGCUUAGUUACUGAUGACAAAAUAACUCUACCUGACCUGCUGUUGUGGAAUUUGUCUUUUCAGCAAAAGGGCAAGCCAGAAUCUUUCUGGCUCAUUAAAAUCUGUGCAGAAUUAGUGAAGCUUUUCCUCUGGCUUCUAUUCAGCUGCACUAAGUGUGGAAGAGGUAAAAAUAUUAAUAGUCUGUAAUUAGCAUUUAUUGUCCUGUAAAGUCAUCUCUCUUAGGCUUCAGAUCAUGGCAUGCCCAGAUUUAAUUCAUAAUGCUAUUCCAUACAUGUAAAGACAUUUAAUUAGACACAUGUAAAUGACGUUACUCAUUCAGAGGGUUUACUUCUGAUGGAACAAACCUACCCCCCCAAGUGUUCUGAGAAUUGUAGAAGGUGACAUUAGGACCAGAAAUGUUUGAUAGUUGUUUUAAAAAUAGGUGUGUGUUGCAGGAUGCAGGGAGAGGCAGGAUAAACUCAUGUUUGAACAUAAACAUAAAAUUGCAGCCUGAAUGUGCCUACCAGCUUUCAGGAUAAUAUGUUAGUCUCUAAGACAGGGGUCAGCAACCUUUUUCAGCCAUGGGCCUGAAAAAUCUGUCUCUCAGAUCAUGUGGUGGGCCAGACUAUAUUUUGAAAAAAAAAAUGAACAAAUUCCUGUGCCCCACAAAUAACCCAGAGAUGUAUUUUAAAUAAAAGGACACAUUCUAUUAAUGUAAAAACACACUGAUUCCCGGACCAUCGCGGGCCGGAUUGUGAAGGCGAUUGGGCCGCAUCCGGCCCCCAGGCCUUAGGUUGCCUACCCCUGCUCUAAGACAUAUAUCAUACUACAACAUAUUUUACAUGCUUCGUUUCUGUGCCUUUGGAAAGACAUGCAUAGGCCAAGCAGUUAUGGAAAAUUAUGGUUCUCACAACAUGGUAAGCGAAACCAUGGUUUACUUAGACUGUGUGAAUGUGUAGAAGCUGUGACCAAGGCUUAUCCUGUCAUGUGGAUAAGGCUACUGUGAACUCUGUCUUUAAGCGAAAUUUUGCUUUGUGCUGCAAUAAACUGUCCCAGUUUAUGUUGCAGUUCAUAGCUGGAAUGAGUAUGGUGCCUUGAAAAUGCACACCAUAUUUUAUUUUGACUAUUCAACAUUGAGGGAAGUAGUGCAUUGAAUUUUGUUUUGCCUUAAGAAUGGAUGCAGAAUUGGGGAGAGGUCAAAGCUUAGUGGCAGAACACAUGCUCUGCAUGCAUGCAAUGACUCUUGGCUGAAACCCUGGAGCGUCACUGCCAGUCAGAGUAGACAAUAUUGAACUAGGUGUACUAGUGGUCUGACUUGUUAUAAGGCAGCAGCAUGUGUUCAAACUGAAGUUUUCACAAAUAUGAAAAGGGCAUUGAGCAUGUACUUCACCUUUUAAUUCUGACCUUCAAGGCAGGUCUGGUAUUGCAUUCUAUUUUUGGAUUACCACACCACUUUGAAGAUGCAUGUAGAGGCUAAGGUGGUGAUUGAAUCUGAAAUAUGUAAUUUUGUCCUGAAAAUGUUUACUAAAUGUCAUUACAGUAUCUAAGUUUUCAACUGAGUAUCAUUGCAUUGCAGACAAACAGAAUGUUAAUUACCUAUGCAUGUAAUCAAGCUCAGGAUUCAAAAAGGGGGAGAGGGAGAUUUAUAAAAAAUACUGUAUCUUCAGGUCAGGAAAUGCCUUGAGUAACUUAAAGUUUUUGUAGCAAAAACACAAAAUGAGCACAAGAAAUUGUUCAAAGCUAAUAUUACAAUAUGUCAAAUCAUGGGUACUACCAAUACCAUGUUGGUGCUGUUAUAUCACUUACAAAGCUAAUCAUUUUUGUUACAUCUUGUUCUUGUAUGAAUUAAAUGGAAUCCAGUUAGUUGAAAAAUGGAAAGAAAUGUAUUUCCUCAAAUUCAUUGUAAUAUCUUCUCUUUCUGUCCAACUUGUGUUUGGACUUCAUGUACAUAUGCUAGGAAGAAAAGGGAUAAGAAGUCUAUCAUGUACGACUAGGUGUCUAUAUAAUUGUCAAUUCAAAAUUGCCCAAGCACUUCAAGAGCUGAUGGCAGCUAUGGAUUGUAUGCUUCACAGAUAUCUUUGUAAAAGGCAUGAUUCUAAGAUCAAGUGCUAUAUCAUUUCCCCAGCUAUUAAAAGUUUAUGUAUUCAGCUCAUUAACUCAUAUCAUAUGAAGUCAGUCUAGGUUAAAAAUCCCUAGUUAGCUGCCUCCUGAUCUUUAUUCUUAACAAUUUAAUGGUUUAUUGUGAGACUAAUGAAUGAUAAUUCUGUCUCUUCAGAAUUUUCUUUUUUAAAAAAUUGAAUUAAUACCCUCUCCCGGUGUUCUUCUCCUAAUGGCAAAUGCAAAUGAGCAAAACUGCUCUGCAUUUUGGAGGAUCUAGAUCUAUGUUGCGGGAUUAAAGCAGACACCAUCUAGUCUCCAAGGUUCAAAUAAAAAACAAUGUCCAUAGGUCCCACUGCUGUCUUUCUUGCUAAUUAAAAAAAAAAAAAAAGAUUUAACAAUGCAACUGGAACCUGUAUGUAGAAGAAGACACCAUUGCAUAUGCACCUACAACAUUUAUAGAACAGUGCCAGGGAUGCAGGUCUUCAAAGAUUCUAGUCUAGAACACAAUAGGAGAUCCACAGAAGAAAUGGGAAAUGAAGCAAGAAAGAGGCAAAAUAAUAGGAUUCGGUCUAGAAAUACAAAAACCAACAGGCCAGUAAAUAAUCAAGAUUCGGAAGGAAUAUAGAAAAGGUAGCAUGUUCUGUGGAAGGAUGCAUAGAAACUGCAAAGGCUUAUAAACACAUAUACUUUCAGGAAAAUAGACUCUUGUGCAAUUUUAAUACACAACAGUGUAUUUUCCCACACACAGGAAAAUAUAUGUGUAGGCAAUAUGCAGUAUAUGAAGCAGCUCUAAGUUACAAAAGUGCCCCCCUUUCCACCCUUUGUUAAACACUAUAGGCCCUCUUCCUUCAAAUCUUUUGUUGGAUGUAUAUAUCGGUCAUUGAUUUCCCACCCACUGGCCCAACCCAGGUAUAGAUCAAGUGGAAGCCCUUUGAGCUCAGAUAAAAUGAAGUAAUCAUCUUUCAUAUGAAAAUGAGUUAAGCAAGGGGGAAAUGUUAUAUUUUGUCCCAGUUCCUAUAGAAGAUGUCCUUUAGCUCUCCUAAGGAACUGUGUUUGGAGACUUGAGAACUACAGUGCUCUAGAUACCUAUUGAAAUUCACCUACUAUAAUAGGUCUCAGAAGAUGCAAGUGAUUUUAUUCUAAAAGUGCUUUGCAAAAGAUUUGCAGUGGGCCUGGCCCAUGCAGAGCUUGGGUGAGGUCCAUGGCAGGAGUCUUGUUAGAAACAAAAAAAGCAGCCAGUCCCUGGCAGUGUCUGCCAGCCAGCUUAGUCUUUUGAUGCCAAAGGCAAGUGUACCUGCUUCCCCCACCCUGCCUUGCAUGGGUCUGCAGUGGACCACUGUUGGUUCUUCCCCCUCCUUCAGGCUAGACUUUAAAAGACCCCCUAUUGCCCACAUACUACUGAAAGGCAUAGUGAGCAUACAAGGAAACAGUGAAGUGCUGCUUCUUUGCUGCCUUCCGUGCCACUGAGUAGACUCAGUAGUGGGUUCUUACCAGUGUUCAGUUGCAUUCUUCUGGAGUUUUCCUCCACUUGUUUUCUAGCCAUAUCCUAGCUUGUUUCAUUGCUCUCCCCGAUGUGUACCAGGUGCAUACCAAGGAGACGGUUAGGCUACAUCAAGCGGGAGAGGGUGCUCAUGAGUGAUUGUGUAAAUGGCCCAGGUCAUCUGUGUAUUCCACAGAUCAACCCGGACUUCAACAGCAGUGCCAGUUAUAUCAGUCAGAAAAUCCCCCCAGAGCCAUCUGAAAAUCAAUUAGUUCCAUCAGCUUUCAAGGAUGAACCAUUCUAAUAUGUCUCCCAGCUCCGUAGAGCAGGAAAACCACUGAAAAUCUAAAUCUUACCGGAAGGUGAUCUGACCAUGACAAGGGAUAGUUGCUAAAAUCGUUCACCCCAGACCACUUUCUUCUAUACUGAUGGAGAUUAUAAUCACAGAGUAUAGGAAUAACAGGUUCUGAGUUUAUAUAUCACAAGUAGGUGAUAGUAUUUUAGUGACCUUUCAGAAAGUAUUGCAACUUCACAGUGUUUUUGUAAUGGAUCAGUUGUGCCAUUUCUGUCCAUUCCAGUUUAAUCUGGCUUUUGAAAGAUCUCUCUAUCAUUCUGUUACAUUCCAAAAAAAAGGAGAUAGAUUUGCUUAAAACAGCAGCACAACCCUCGGUAGUACUAAACUCAUGAAUAUGCAAAUUACUUUGGUAUAAUUUGUAUCAUAAUUUGUUUCCAGUUGGUCUCUGUGCAUUUUCUAGCUGUCAUUCUGUAUCAGUUGAAUACUUCAAUGAGUAGGGAGUGAAAAUUAAUUACCAUAAACAGCAUAUUAUAACAUUUAAGCCUGUGGUGUAUUUAGUUUCCAUUGAAGAGGAACUGAAAUAUUGCAAGCUUUCAGCACUAUUUAAACAGACACAAAGUUUGUGCUGUAAAAAUGUAUGGUUUGUUAUGAAUUUGUUGCAGCAAUAUAUCCAAGCUGUCUUUGUGAGAUUGCAGAUGGAAUGUGUUUUUAACCCCAACCCCUAGUUUUAGUGUAUAAUCUCCAGGGUAGCGUGGGAUGCUUGGGAAGAUUGCUCAGUGUGGCUGCAGAAGUAGAAAGUCUAUAUAUAUUUUCAAACACACAUAAUUUUGAGCAUUUUUACCAACAUGUGCCAAUUGUGCUCUUUCAUGAAUUUACAAGCUGAAAAAAAAUCAUGCAAGAGGUGAAUAUUUACUACACUAAGCAUUUUUAAUGUUUAGUUUUAAUUUUGUAAUUUUAAUUUUAAAAAAUAAAUUUUUAUUUUUUUAAAAAAUGUACCUUUGAUGCCAGGGUCAGUUAGCUUAGUUUAUACCAGGCAUAGGCAAACUCGGCCCUCCAGAUGUUUAGGGACUACAACUCCCAUACCCCUAGCUAACAGGACCAUAGUCUCAAAACAUCUGGAGGGCCAUGUUUGCCUAUACCUGGUUUAUACUUUGGUAUCCUGGGUGAGUUUUAAUUACUCUAUCAAGCUACUGUGUAAGAGACAUGUAAUCACCCUGAAUCACAUGCUGAUAUGGCAGCUGCCACAGAAGGUUGCAUUAUUGAGGCUUUGAGGGAGUAGGGCAACAGUUGAGAACUAGUGCAUUUUGGGAUGUGUGAGGAGUGGUAGUACACACAAUGCUCCUUCUGGGGUAGUUUGUCCACCUCUGGUCCUCAUUCUGCACUCAGCUCUUACCUGUGGCUCCUAGAAGGUGUCAGCAUGUGACAGCAGCUUUGACGGACCUGCUAAACCAGGUAAGGGUAGCUGAUGGGUCUCAAACCCUUAGUUUGAGUGUGGUUAUGACAACACCAGGGUCACAGGUUCGAUCCCUAUAUGGGACAUCUGCAUAUUGUUGCAUUGCAGGGGGUUGAACUAGAUGAUCCUCAGGGUCCCUUCCAACUCUACAAUUCUAUGAUUCUCCUGCAUGUGAAGACAGCUAAAUCUGGUAGAUUGAGCCAAUGAGAACAAUAGUGGAUCCAGUUGUGAAGAAGGCAGUUUCUGCUGCAGACGGUAGUGAGGGUCAAAUGGGGUUUAUCAACCUGAAUAGGUAGCCCUUCUAGGAGAAGAUAAACUCUUGCUCUAGCAGUUCGAAAGCACAUCAAAGUGCAAGUAGAUAAAUAGGUACCGCUCCGGUGGGAAGGUAUACGGUGUUUCUGUGCGCUGCUCUGGUUUGCCAGAAGCGGCUUAGUCAUGCUGGCCACAUGACCCGGAAGCUGUACGCCGGCUCCCUCGGCCAGUAAAGUGAGAUGAGCGCCGCAACUCCAGAGUUGGCCACGACUGGACCUAAUGCUCAGGGGUCCCUUUACCUUUACCUUUAAGAAACAUUUGCUGCCUUGUGGGAUAUCUUUGGGAGAAGAAAAGGCUAAGGAGCAAAGGCUACAUAAAUUCAGAGUGGAGUCCCUAAAACGGCUUGAUGGCACCUUGUAUGCCUCUUUCCAGCAGCUUCUGCAGCCAAGCUGGUGCCAAACGUAUUGCUCUGCUUUCCUUUAGACCACAUCAGUGAGACCAAGGGGGGCGGUCUUGUCGUCUAGGCAGCCCAGGACCUCCAUACACACUGAUCAGGCUUGCACCCUGGGGAGGUCCCUACGAUGCUGUUAACUCACUUCAUUGUUUCUUGAGACAGGAGGAUGCCAACAAUAACAACAGUGCAUUUUGAGUGUUCAGAACAUGAAAAUAUAGAGCUCAAUUUCAGAGGUUUAUAAGCCUGAUAUUACAUAGUUAGAAAAACUCGAGCUGAAUUUCCACUUAAUCUGACCUUUCUGACUUUGGGUGUGCCAUUAAAAGUACUCAUUUAUAUCCUAAUAGGAAGUAUAUUUUUUGAAAAUAAAACCAAGUAACAGAUGAAUGGGUUCUAGAGAAGUACAGCUGAAUAAGAAUUUGUGGCAAACAAAGAGUAGUUAGUAAUAGAAACUUCUGUAACUUCCUCUAAAAGGAAUGAAUUUAGUAACAAUGAUCCUGAGUAGCAGACUUAAAUAGCUGUUUUCCCUCUUGAUAACUAUGAAGCUAUGCUGAUUUACACAGAUGGCUUCCUGUUCUCACUGAAUAUAGCAGUGAUGGUAGGUUUCAACAUAUUUGGACUGAAUCGUUUAGGACAAAUGUAACAAGUUACAGUGCAAUCCAUAAAACUAUUAUUUAAGCGAAAAUGCUGUGUUUUGUAGCCUUUGUAAAAACUUAACUGUGAUGGCAAGUUUAUAUCUGAACAACUGUUAGGCAGGCUGUGUAUAUAUUUUCUGACUGUUACCAAAUGUUCUUUUUAAUAGCCGUCUUAAAACUCCACUAGCUGUUAGUUUUGCCUUCAAGGAAACUGUUUGACAGACAUGUUACAAAUGUCCACCCCCCCCCCCGAAUUUUGAGAAGUUUUAUAUCGAGCCAGAGUGCUGUAGCUGGAGAAGGUCACUGACCAGCAUAACAUGUCAUAUGGGCUUUCAAAACCAUUACUCAAGCCUUUUUGUGGCACGGUCACAGAGGGUAGUGAUUUCUCAUAUAAUUGAUUUUCUCUUUUUGGCAGACUGUUGAUUGCUCAGAAGUAAAUAGCUACAAGUUCACACAAAGUUUAUUAACAAAAAGUUAAUCAGGGAAGCCCAGUACUUUAAACAUUCAGCUGAGUACUGGUCUACUGAUCUACGACAUCACAUUUUAAAAAAAACCAUAUACAGCUCACUUUUAUUAUUCCUGCAGUUCAUUUGCAGAAGUUGCAACUUGAAUAGCACUUAAACUCUUUCAAAUGGUGGUGGCUGGUUCUGCCCCACCCCCUUUGGAAGACAAAUUUUUAAAAAGCUCAGGUCUUUUUGAAUGGAUGAAUUUCUGGGAACCAUAUAAGCUACUUUUGAAUGGGGUACAUGUGGAAUGGAAUGGACAACGCCAUCAGGGAGGUCUUCUGUUAAGUGCAGUGAAUGUAUUGUAGCUGCUCCUGCAUCUUGGAAUGGGCCCCAAACACUUGGCAUCCAUUAUACUGAUGAUGUACUACAACAGAACAUGACGACAUCCUUCAUUGUAGGAUUUGGUCUAGAGCUGUUCACAAAUGACUCUUGAAAUUCUCCACCCUGUUUGUGAACAGAGAAAUUGGAGGGACCAUUUCACCAUUUUUUCAGGGAGAUGAUAAAUUCUCUAACAGUUUUUUUGGAUGUAAAUUAGUAAUGGAAAUAGCACAGCUUCUUUCCCUAAGGUUCUGGCUCCACUCCUCCUCCUCCUCCUCCUCCUCCUCCUCCUCCUCUUCUUUAGGUGGCAAUGGCAGCAAUUGUGUUGAGUCAUGAUUUUGCAUGCUCUACAGUGCCCUGGACCUAGAGGCAUUGGCCAGGGUAUGGUGGAUGGCAAUCUUCACAAAUAUUCUGACAGUAUUCUUCGAAGCAGUUUUUUUCCCUAGGGGUGUGUGUGUGUGUGUGUGUGUGUGUGUUUGAGAGAGAGAGAGAGAGAGAGAGAGAGAGAGAAUUGUUUUUCUGAGAAGUAUUCACUCAGCUUGGUCUCCAGGAACAUUUCACAAGUUAUCCAUGUGUGCAUUUCACAUAUACUAUGGCCAGUGAAAUUUCUUCCACAUUCAAGCCACAGUUUAUUGUCAUACAUGUUAAAUAUCAGGCUUAUUUAUUCACAGUAGGUAACAGUGCUAUGCCAUGCUCUAAACCUAAGGCAGGAAUUUGGAAAAUGUAAAAAACUCAAACCCAGUCUUUAAUAAUACCAGUUUCAGGUCUUCCAAUUUCUACCCAUGAACUGCUAUUGUUAAAGGACUAGCACUAGUGUCCUUUGCAUAUUAUGGCCUGGGAAAUACUUGUUAUGUGGCCAAAUUGUCACAACAAUACAGAUUAGUAGCCCACCACAUAAAAAGGUCAGAGCUAAUAGCUGGUAUCAGAACACCUUUUAUCAUAUGGCUCUCCCCAGUCCCUGGGAUUAGUGAAGUUCUCUUUCAUAUUUCACUGCAAAGGAACAAGAUCCCCCCCCUUUCUAUUUCUGCACCCACACUCUGGGACAUACUCCUAAAGGAAAUCUGCUGGACACUUCCCUUUUGACAUUUUGCCAGCAUCUUUUUUAAAAAUUGUUUCAAAAAGCUUUCUUUGAUGGAUGGCUGCUGAGAUUACCAUCUUGGAAUGUUAUUGUUUACUUCUGUUACUAUUACAAUUGAUUUUUAUUUUUUUUUUAAGUCCAAGAAACUGACACAGAAAGAGCUUAGGAGAAGCAGGAAUGUUGAAGAAAUGAAGCUAACACAAGAUUGUAAAAGCUGCAAAGCACACUAGGAGCCAAGAGCUGGAGUGAAACAGUAACACCAAAGUGCUCAAUACAUUACGGAACUGAUUAAAUUUCUGGUGAAAUACUGCUAUUUGUAUAGGCAAAGCCCAGAUGAUCAUGAGUGAAAGGGUGAGUCAAGGAGAAUGUAAUCUAGAAACAUGCCCUUUAUAGAAGCCUUCUUUAGGGUGCUUGUGCUCUGGCCAGCAUAGGGAGGGGAGAGGCUUUAUAGCUGGCUGGGGUAUGCAGUUCUGGGUCUUCUUUGUGGAGCUUCAGCCAGGCAAGGAAGUAGGGUUGGAGUUAGCUGGCUGGUAGCCGCAGGAGAUACCAGGUAAUGCUGAGGGGAAGAAAUGGCUGAAAGGGCCUAACAAGUGUGCUCCUGACCAUAUCUACUCAGAAGUAAGACUUGUUGAAUUCAGUGGGCCUUACUUCUGUGUAAAAUGAUAUAGGAGUAUGCCUCUGUAUACCAGUUGCUGGAAUGACAAAUGGAGAGAACAGUGUUGUUGCAAUAGAGGAUUGCCAUAUCAGUCAAAAAUUGUUUUACUCUAAAGGGGUAGAGCAAGAUGGAGGAGGAAUGUGUUGGUAAAUUUGGUCUGGUUCAAGGAAAAUGUAGGUUUAUAAAAGAAGAGUUCCCUGGAUAGCAAAUGUUGCUUUGCCUUACAUCAGGAGCCUAAAUAUUUCAGAAUUCAUAGACAAAUGUGAACAAAUUCCAUCACCAGUGACAACUGCCACUCCAGAUUUGGUGCUCAGCUAUGUCCUCCAACGGAAAAAGCAGUUCACAAAAACACUGUGCAAAUUUCAGAGAAAUUGGGGUGGGGGACGAGGAGCUUUCACCACUUUUGUAGAAAGGUGAAGCCACCUUUCUGUAUCAGGCAUUGAGAGAGAGACCCACUGCUCUUGUCCUUUUCCCAAGUAUAUUGUCUUUAUCUGCUUUCUUGGCUUCAGAAAAUAAUAUUGAAAUACUAAAGAAUGUAGUUGUACCUUGGAUCCUGAACGUUUUGCUCUUGAAUUCCACAAACCUGGAAGUGAGUGUUCCAGUUUGCAAAUGUUCUUGGGAACCUGAACAUCCGACACAGCUUCCGCAGCUUCUGAUUGGCUGCAGGAGCUUCCUGCAGCCAGUCAGAAGUUGCACCUUGGUUUCCAAAUGUUUUGGAAGUUGAACGGAUUCCAUUCGACUUCUGAUGUAUAACUGUACUAAAAACAAGCUUGCAUGUUCCUCCACUCCUUUUUGAAACCAGAAUAACACUAAUCAAGCAAACUUGUUAUUCUAUUUAAUUGACAUAAUUUAUUCUGGUCACACGAUUUGAACUUGAAAGAAUUCAUUAUUCAUACUCUAAUAUAGCUGUGAGAAACCUUUUCACUUAGUUACUCAUAUACUUUUUGUAAAUUUAUUAUCACACUGAAUUCACAGUAGCUCUUGAGGGGAAAAUAUUAAUAAAUGGAGAACAUUUGCUACUCCAAGAGAGCAGUUGAUGACUACUGUAUAACUUAAGGGACCUCUGCACAGCAAUCUGUAGUAUAAAUACUACAGAUUGGAAUCUUAAUUGCACAAAUAUUUCUGAGUUGACAUGUCAUACAAUAAGGCAUGAAUAAAAUUUGCAUUCCUUGCAUAGGAUUGUUAAGAAACUAUUGACAAACAGUAUAUUUGAAAUCUGGCAAAGGGCACCAGUUGAGCUAAUUAAGAAUUGUCUAUUCUUGUGGGAGCAAUUGAGGGGGAAAAAUAAAUGUUUCAUCUCAUAAAUACACAACACUCACAUAGUAGCUAAAGGAACUGAAGGCAAGGGCUGGAGAAGCAGUCAUCUGGUCCUACUGAGUGCACAGUUUCCACACUAAUGGGCUAGAAGGACAUGCUUUAUAAGAACUUCCUUGCUGAAACAGUCCAAAGUCCAUAUGGUCUGGCAUUAAAUAAAAUAGUGACCAACCAAAUGUUUCAAGAUCAGCCUUCACUAACCUGGUGCCUUUCAAAUGUUUUGGACUACAAUUCCAAUCAGCCCCAGCUAGAACUAUGUAUAACCUAUUGCAAUAUUCUAUCCUAGAGCAGCAGAAGGUGGAACUAUCCCUGUCCAGAUAGAGGCACAGAUAGGACACCAGGCAAAGCUGAUGGAAGACACUAUUGUGCCACUGAGCCCAUCCAAGCUUCAAGUGACAGAAAAGGAUCCAAAAGCUGUGUAUCCAGUCCUUCAGAAGGAGUAACCCCAUCAAGAGGGGGCAACCUUCCAUCCAGUCUAGGGAAACGCCCACUAACAGUGCCCCAGUCUUCUCUGGAUUGAGUCUCAGUUUAUUGACUCUCAUCCAGUCCAUUACUGAGACAAGACAUCAGUCCAGCACAUGCACUACCAAACCUGUAGAUGUAGGAACAGAACCACCACAAAGUGGUGUCAUCCACCCCUAACUUGGACAGCUGCUCCAGAAGGAUACCAUCACUGAUGGUAUUGAAAGCUGCUGAGAGGUCAAGGAGAAUCAACAAGGACACAUUUCACCUGUCUUUCUCCUGGCAGAGGCCUGGUUGAAAAUGAAUGAUUUUGCCUAAGUAAUGAAGGUACUAGGCAAGCCUCCCUUGGGAGAGCAUUUCACAAACCUAAUAAAUUAAUAUAAAUCACCUUCUAGGUCAGUCUUUGCCUGCCUGGUGUCCUUUCAAUGUUUUGGACUACAACAGCCAUCACCAAAACUACACCUGCUGUGCUGGGUGGGAUUGAUGAAGGUUGUAGUUCAAAACAGCUGUAGAGAUUUGGACAUGUUCUGCCUCCCUGUUAUAUUGCAUCAUUCUACUAGUGUAGCAUUUAAUGGGGGCUCUCACACCGGUUUGUAAUAUUCUAUAUGAAUGUUUCAUUUUUUAAAAAAGCACUCUAAUCAAGCUAAGGAGAUCCACAUGUGUAUCUGAAUUAGGAACUACAGACACAAAUUAGAUCCAUAUUGAAACAAGCUCCAACUAUCGAUGCUAUCUAUCAUCACUGCAUUGCAUGCACAUUCAAAUGGUAUAGUUCGUCAAAUGCAAAUACCUUUCAAAGCAUUCCAAUAAAUUCCAGUAGAGGUCUAAUAAAUUAUUAUUCAUUUUGUUUCCAUGUGAAGUGUCACAAUAAAUUUGCUUGUGUGGGGAACGGGGGCAAGGCUUAGAAGCAUUAUGCAAGAUUCAUAGCUCUGCAUUCUUUAAUAUAGUUUUGACAGUUCAUUUUUAGAAGAAUAAGAAUUAAUGUCAGUCAUAGAAGCUUUGUCUGGCUUCAAGAAUGGAGCUUCCUAACAAGUGUUGCAUUGAUGGGCCUUGAAGAGAAAUUCCAAAUCUCCUCUUUAACAAAUUGUUAUUCAUAGCAUCUUCGUAGCUCCAGACAAAGUUGAGAGCAGGCUGAUGGAUCAGGGUGAGAAUUUAGUUGCUUGGAUUCCAUCCCCAAGUCAGUCAGAUACCCACUGACAUUUUACACAUUAAAAAUAGCUCUAUUCUGGUCUUCCUCCCAUUUGAAAGACAUGGACCAGUUUUCUGAAGUCACAGCUGUAUCUUCAGGUGUACAAAAACAUAAUAUCAAGAACAGUUAUGUAGCUCAGUCUGUAAAAUAUAGAAUAUUUGCUGCUGCUGCUGCGUAGGGGGUUUCCUGGCUUGGGAAGGAGUAUUUAGCUGACCCUAUUAGAUUUGCAGCUUGGUGGUGCUGCCCAACUGACUUCUGUGGCCUAUAGCAUAUUUCACCAGGUAUAGCUGAUGUACCAGCUUUGUACUGUGGUAAUCUGAUAACAUCCUUUAUUGCAUUUACAUUCCCCUCCUUUUCUCCAAAAACUUCAAGAUGGCAUACAUGGUUGUUUCUUCUCCACGUUAAUUCUCUUCUCAACAACGGUGGCCAAGGUAGGUUGGAGCCUCAGCUGUCAGUGAUCUGUCCUUCAAGUGAGCACUCAGGACUGAGUUUCAUGACAGAAUGGAUACAUUUGAUCUUUUGCAGUCCAUGGCACUCUCAAGAGUCUCCUCCAGCACCAUAAUCCACAAGCAUCAACUCUUCGGCUGAUCAGCCUUCUUUACUGGUCCAGCUCUCACUCUCAUACUAUCACUACUGGAAAACCAUGGCUGUUGAAAACUACCCAGAACCUUUGUAUGGUAAGGUGAUGUACGUCUGCUGUUAAGAUACUGUCUCAAGUUGCUAUAGCUCUCCCAAGGAGCAGCGCCUACGUCUUUUGAAUUACAGACGGCUGUCAUCAUCUGCAGUACAUCCAUUUGAAAGACAUGGAGCAGUUUUCUGAAGUGCACAGCCUGUAUCUCUCAGGCUAGUACACAAACAUAAUGUCAAGAACAGUCAUGUCGCUCACUCUGUAACAAUAUAGAAUACUUGCUGCUGCUCCACCUCUUGUCUCUCCUUCCUUUCCGCAGGGUCUUUCUGCCCCUGGGGUUGCGCCCUUCUGGAUUCCUCUGGCGCUGAAUCCCACUCUGCUCUUCCCCUCCUGCGGGCUUUGGGACCUGGCCCCUCCUCCGGGCUCCCUGCACUUCCGCAGCCUCUAGCAUUUGAACUAGGUGCGCGCGCCAGACCUCUAACUUUCCUUUUGACAGUUACAUCUCCCUUCACUGCUCCUCCACUUCCGGGAGGGCUGCAUGCUCUGACCCCCUCCUUUCUCUGCUGCUGGAGCUGCUCCCUCUGACAGCACGUGGAAGCUCCACCCCUUCGGCUGCACUUUGGUGGGGAGGCUGGUCCUGACGCCCAGCUGCCACUUUGGGAUCCUCCGGCUGGCACCCUGCUCUGACACUUGCCCCUGGGGCUCCCUGGCCCUGACCACCAGCGCCCUUCUGGGAACCACUUAUCUACACUGGACAGACUCAUGCGAAUCUCUUGAGUCAUUGCUCGUCCUCUCUUCACUGUGUUGUGGAAGUCUGCCCUCGCUCUGCAUCACCAACCUACCCAGAAACUCUAUAUCUGAACCUAUGUACAGUAUGUAUUAAUAUUUGCAAAAUUACUCUUCAGAAAUGUAGUACUGCAUGGGGCCUGGUCCUUUUAUAACACACACACACACAGCAUAAUUUUGCAUAUAAUUGAUUGGGCUAUUUUUAAUAAACUGCACAAGCCACUCACACACAAAUGCGCACACAAUGCAAGAUGCAGCAAUGCUCAGUUUGGUAUAAAUCCAGCUACAAUGGAUUCUGCUGGGAUUGCUACAUUGGGUUUGCAAGUGCUAUGUACUAAAACACCAUGAUAUUGAACAUGUAGAAAAAAUGUUCCAUGUCACUGUUAAAGUUUGCUCUUAAUAGAUAAUUUUAAAGGGUGAGUAAUUUCCUAUUCUCUAACUACUAUAGCAGUUUACAGUAUUUCAUCGUUCUUGGUGGGCAAAUACACUACUUGAUCACAGUGAAACAAACCCUUGUAAAAUGUGAAUCACAUAUUUGUCUUGUUUAUUUAAAUAAUUCAUCCCAUUUAUUUAAAUGUUCCACAAUCAUAUUAUGCAAUCAUUAUGAAGAGAGCUAUUUUUGCAAUUCUCUUUUCUUUCACUUCUCUUAACAUCUUAGUUUAAAGCCUGCAGGGUCAUUAAAACCCAUCCGUGUGUUCCUUUUACUAAUGUGAGUAAUCAUACUGAAACUUGAAACUUAUUUUCAGGAGUUGUUAUAUGAAGGUUCUUAUUUAUGCACUAGCACAUAUAUCUCUAAUAAUGUUUUUGAACAUUUCUGAAGGCUCCUUCUGGGUCUUAUAAUUCUACUCAGGGUCUUAUAAUUCUACUCAGACAUAAGCUGGUGCUCAGCACAAGAAGCAGUUCAAAUGCUCCACUUUCUGUCAUUUGCUGAUUUUAAUUACAAACUUUUUUCAGACAUACAGUAAUUAUGCCUGUAAGUCAGUGUUAAGCCCUUAGGGACUCAGCUGGUUUUCAUAAGAACUGUAUAAGAAAACGUUGUGCACUUGAAGCAGCAACUGGUAGUUGAAGACUUAGUUUGGUAUAUUGUAAGAAGACUACAUGGUAGUAAUUUUCUUUUAUAUAUUUCUAUAAACCAUAUUGAAUCUUAUCUGAUUUCCUCUGUGUUCUAUUUAGCAAACUUUGUUCUCGCUACUGUGGAACCAGAAUAAUUGGUUGAAUCAGAAAAAUGUAGUCUUGAAAGGAGGUUUACAAAUAACAUAUAAAUAGAUUCUUCGUGAGCUUGGACUGGAGAUUUCACUGAUCUUACUCCGACAAAGUUAGGAGCACUACUUUAACUAAAAAUUUGGGUGAAUAACAACUUGUACCUGGCAUAGAAAUUUCCAAUAAUGUCUUGACUUGAGAGGCCACUACCUUCUCGAUCACCAUCUCAUGGAAAGGGACACUUAUGACUGUGUUAGUUAUUAAGAUCUGGGUCCAAUCAGUGUUCAAGAGUUGGCACAAAAAGGAGGGAAAAAGCUUGGUAUUUGCACAAGUUGUUUAGGUGUCCCUCAAAAGGUUAUCUGUCACCAAACAUAUGAUUCAAACUCCAUAGCCAAUUAGCCAGCAUAGGGAACCCUAUUUGUAGACUAAGUUCUUAUGUGCACAAUUUUCAUUUUAUUUCUGUGGUUCAAGAGUUGGGGAUAGAUGGAUGUCUAUUUCUGGUCCAUGUGUAUUUUGCAUCCAUAAGCCCAUUCCUAAAUCUAGUCCACCCUGUUUACAUGUCAAUCUGCAUUUUAAAGCAAUGUAUGAAAAUUCACAUUUACUGACGUUUUCUCCCCAACAAAACAUGCAUUUCUGUCCGUAUAGUCUCCUAAAACGCAUUUUAUAUGCAUUUUGACAUAAAUUAAACAUAUUCUUAUAUUCAUCUAAACAUUUUAAUGCAUAUUUUGAUACAUUUUCUGAGCCAAGAACAGUAUCCCUAAUGGAAAACGGAAGGAUAUCUCUAAUGCUCGGCCCUCCAAAUGUUUUGGGACUACAGUUCCCAUCAUCCCUGACCACUGGUCCUGUUAGCUAGGGAUGAUGGGAGUUGUAGUCCCAAAACAUCUGGAGGGCCAAAUUUGGGGAUGCCUGCUCUAAUGCAUGCAUUAGCAACUUAAUACAGUUCCCUACAUGUGCCACCUUUAGAGAAACAUCUAUGAGUCAGAGGUGUGGUCUGGCUGAAGGAGCUGGUUACUGAUCAGUGUAGGCUCCUGGGCCUCAUCAAGAAUGAAGUUUAAUUUGCCAUUAACUCAGCUUGUAGAGUUCCUGUAAAAGCAGCAGAAGACAAUGCAACAACUACAUUACAAUCUUAUGUAUUCAUCUGGGAAGUGGGGAUCAGGUUGGUGUGCUUAAUAAAUGUUGAAUGAAACCGUAGAGUAUAGCAUCCCUAAGCAGUAGCAGUGUGUGGUUUAAUGUACAUGUCUUAAUUUUCCAUUACAGUGAUUUCUUGGUUCAUUUUUUUUCUUGUAGCACACAUAAUUUCAGUUAUGUUUUGUAAAAUGUGAUUGGUCAAAAUGUUUACAUCUCUGAAAUCCUUCAGGAUAUAAACAAAAUGUUAGUUGAUGCUGUAGAUACUUUAAAUAUGUCCAAAUGGAAUCAGAGGCUUUUCUAUCCUGCUGAAAUUUAAUUGUGAUCAACAUUUUAAUUUAAUAGAAUGUAAGCAAUUAAGGCUCUGUUUCAAAGAGUUGUGCUGCUGGCUCUGUGAACUUAAGUGAGACUUUGGAUUUACCACAAGUACCACAACUGUUUCAUGGGGUGGGGAAGAGAAAAAAAUCCCAGUGCUAUACAUACCUAAAGGUCCAAGUGUUUCUUCUUGAACUGCACAUUAGAGAAAGGGUUAAUGCACUGGUCUGAUAUAGCCAUAUUCUCAUUUCCCCUUGAAUUCUUGGAAUAUGCUACCUCCACAGUAUUAAAAUUUAUUUGCAACAGUUUAAUGCAUUUUUGUGUGUGCUGCUGCUUAAUAUUUUUUAUCGAUCUUGAAAAGGAGAGACAUUCAAUUACUUUCUCUCCAGAAGUAUCCUACUUAUUACUCCUUUGUUGCUUAGGUUAAUAAUGAGUAUGUCCAAGCAAGGACUGGAAAACAGAAAUCAAUUUGUGGCCACAAUUCAUUUUUGGGAAUCUCUAGGGGCUGCUGUGUUCCUGAACCCUUAACCAUGGCUUUUUCUUCCUGCCCAAUACAAACUUGGUAAUUUUUGCUACUCAAAAAUACACUGUGCUAGUAUUAUUCUUUGCUCAAAAUUUGCCUGUGGAGCCUUCACACAAACCACAGAUGCUGCUCCCUUUCUAAACAGCUUUCUUGCCCCACAGAUCCAUUAGAUUGGCCUUUAGAAUGUCCCACUGGGUAAUCUUGACCCAGAUGAUUGCUUAGCUUAAUCUUAUUUGUAAUCUGUACCAUAGUCUUCAGAGUAUCCCAGCAUAAAAUUGUCAGUUGACAUGCUCACCACCUUUCCCUUCCAUGUACCUCAUCUUUCUAUCUCUUUAUCUCAGAUAGUUAUAUCCUGCCUCUUAAUCACGGGGAUUCUUCAGAUGGCUCACAAUACCACAAAACAAUCAUGGAAAAAUCAAGCAGAUAAACACACACAACAAAUUCAGUUCAGAAGCAUGCACCAGAUGCUAUUAAAAACCAAAGCAAAAAGCAUAAAUUUAACCCCCCAAAAAUUAUUGGGGGGGGGGAAGCUUUAUGGUUUGGUGAAGGCACUGACUCUUGUUGCUAUCCUCCUCACCUCAGAUGAUGGGGCACUGGAUAGAUACCACCUCAAAAGGGGCUGAGUACUUCAGCAAGUUCAUGCAAGUAGUUAGUCCUUCAAGUUCCUGUCCAAAUCAUUUUCAAGUCAUCUAUACUUAUUCCCAGUACUCAGAAUUUACCUUUCUGCUGAAUAUGCAAUUUAGCAUAGAUUCAUCAACCAGGGUUAAUAGUCCAUUGCCUAAUAAAGUGAGUAACACUUUGAUCUGACUUAUGGACAGAUAAUUCUAUUCAUGUUUUCUCUUUGUUCUCUUCUAGGUUACACAACAGAAUCCUCUGAAGUGAUUAUAAAAAUGAAGAACUCCAGGUCAUUUCUCUGUCUUGGAACCUACAUUUUAAAGGAAUAUAUUUAAAUCUCAAGAAGAAUCUAUUCUCUCACAUACCUAAAUUUGUUUAAUUUUGAUGAAAGGACAAUGAGCUCCUUUUGUUUUUUGUGUCUCUUCACUCUGUACAGUGAAAUCCCACUCUCCUCAUUUUGUUCAAUGGGAAAAACCUGAACUCAUCAUCAUCAACUUAAAAAGAAAAUUUUGUAUGUCCAGAUCAAGUAUAAUGUGCCUCUAAUACAUUGCCAUAUUAUUUUCAGUAGUUGCCAUCUAUUUUGGUUAGUCUGAUUUUUAAAAAAAUAUAUAUACUGAUUUGACAAAGUUUCUUAAUUGCUUGUAGAAAGUGACUUUCAUCCAUUUGAAAUGGCUCCUUACACCAAUUCUUUAAUGGUACUAAUAUGAAGCAUUGCAUUCAACGUUGCAUAGCAUUGUUAUCAAAUGACUUGCACAGACAGUGUUUCAAGUGCCAGCGGCCAACUCACAAUAUUAAAGAGUGUCCUUCUCUGUGCAGAGAUAAAAAUAAAGUUCUGUUGCACGUGGAUAGCAAACAGAUGAACUUGCUUGCAGUGCUAGAAGUAAGGACUUAUCACAGUGAAAGCUGGACUGGAUUGUUUUGCCUGAAGAAAGGAAAACUAUGCAGUUUAAUGUUUGGAUUAUUAAUAAUGAUGCUAGUGAUGGCAUCCUAUAUACUGACUGGAGCUAAACGUGGCCUCUUGCUGAUGCAGCCAGCACUACGAUAUGGAGCUUUUACUAGCAGUUCAAACUUAAUGGACAAUGAGAGCCUCUGUGAUAUGAAAGACCAUUACCAAACAUCUAAAAUGAAUAUUUCAUAUGCAAAGGAUUAUCCAAGCAUUAAAGUAAUUAUUGACACAAUUACUACAAACAUUGAGUUUAUAACUAGACAUCUUCCAGACUUAGAAGAUUUGAAGAAACAAGAGAUGCAUGUGAGUAUACAAGAGGGAGAACUAUUUAUUAAAAAAUGGUAACCUUGACCAUUACUCUCUGUAGUAUCUAUUCAACACCAACACAGUGAUGCCAUUAUAAGCCAAUGCACUCUUAAGUUAACACUCACUGUAGAAUCAAGGCAGAUGCACUUCAGUUUAGGUUAACACUGACAUUUAGCAAGGUGUUGGGACUCCCUAUCACUUGUAUAGGUGCAUAUCUCUUCAUUCAUGCUUUUGAUAUGACCCAGUAGUAGAUAUGAUUGAGAACAAUAGAUAGUCUCAGAAGCUGGAACACACAUGUUGGAGCCUAGGGAAAGCCACUGUGGUGCUUUCUAAGUUUCCUCUGGAAAUAUGGGAAGAUCAGAUCAAACAGUGAGGUAGUUACUGUAGCUGGAUAAUCAUAGACAUUCUGCUGGUCAGAUCAGACCCUUAAAUGAAGUGUUUUUAUCAACUGUAUAUACGAUAGACUCACAAGUUGCACAGGUCCGUUCUGGAGGAUUGCUAGUAAAGCCAAAAUUGCGUAUAGUCAGAAAAAUCCCAAAACUGCCCCAGUGUGACGCUUCCUACCAUUCUGAAGCUGGUGUUGCAAGUGGGCCUGGCCCUCCAUGAAACCAGGCUUACUGGGUUGUGGGAAGGUCUCAUGCAGUCUCUGGGAGCUUCCAUGGAAUCUCAUGAGAUUUCAGAUGGCCCCAUGGAAUCUUGUGGGAGCCUCCCAGAGCCUAGUAAGCAAGUAUGAGAACUUAAAAGCUCUUUUCAUGUCAACAAAGCCCAUCACGGAAAGAGAUUUUAAGAUUUCCUCCUUGCAUGCAUCUAAUUUGUGCAAUUGCUGCUAUAUAAGUACCAGACAUGAAAACUGGCUUAUCACUACAUGCUUUCUCAUAAUUUUACUGGUGUACAGGAAACAGAGAUGUGGUUGCCACUGCUAUUGGUAAAUCAGACCUGAAGAGAGUGAACACAGAAAGUUCUAAGAAUACUUUAGAUAAGUCUAAUUCUUCCAAGGAGGUUUCUUAUAUGCAGUUUGUAGAUGCUCAGGAAUGUAGAGUGUUAACAGAUGUUUGGGAGUAUGUGGGAAGAGAAAAUUAUUGGAUGGAGACAUGCUUAAAGGUCCAUAUGAACACUUUGAAGCACAAUCUACUCCUUAGACUUUUAGGACUCUAAAAUGCUAAAAUAAUUCUGAGGGAUUUCAGGAAGGUAUAGAACUUAUGUUAAACAACUGGAAGUCAGUGUUUUUUUACAAUGAAAGUGGUUCAGUUUUAUUAAUUAAACCUGAACAUUAAUUUGAUCUGUGUAUUUCAUCUUCAUUUAAACCUGUGUUUCCUAAUUAUUAAUUCCUUGCAUGCAUAUCUUCCAGUUUGCAUAAUAUUAUUGGACUUGCACAUUUCAAUAACCUUAAGCCAGGUUUUCCAGUGUUCACAAUACCAAGCUGAGAUACUCUCUUAGGUGUGACUGUUUAGGUUCACUAUUAAUAUUGGUGAACUAUAUCCUUCCUAUGCGAUAUCAAGUGAAGCUCAAUAUGUACCUCUUUGGUUCACUUAGAUAAGCAUUGAACUAGUGUUAUUGUGAGUGAUUGCCUGGGAAUUGAAAUCCUGGAGACCUGCGGUCAGUCAGUAGAGACAGAACCGAGCUAGAUGAAAAAAUGGUCUGAUUUGGUAUAAGGAAGAUUCCUAUGUUCCCAACCACUCCAUACAUCUCUGAAUUAGUUCCAUAUAAACCACAAGAGUCACUUGGUGAUCUCCCAAGGAUUUCUGUUAUUGCUUUGGCUCUGAAAAUUCACCUUGGUUUUCCUUUACCCUAUAAUUCAUCCAAUAAAUUAAUCUAUGACUAUUAUUGAAGCCAUUGGUAUACUGUCCAGUAGUAUCAUAACCCUAUACAACACAAACUUGUGUCUUUACUAGGUCCAGUUAUUGCUGUAGGAUGCUAUAGUGGAAGCAACAUGAAAGUGACCUGUGUGAAGUCAGACGCCCAGGUGGCAGAAUGCUUGAUGAUACUAUAGAACAUUAUGUGGUGUUUCUUUUACGUUUGUGCAGGGAUAUGACCAUGUUGGAAGCAGUGUGUGAAUCGCUGUGCAAACUCAUUACAGAUAUAGCUCAGGGUGACAGUUUCUACAACUGUAGCAUCAGGUCUUCUGUUCUCAGUUGCCCAUGCUAAAACAAGAUGAAAAGCAGAAAUGACCAAAGCAAAAUGUGAAAACUGUUGCAAAUAGUCUUCAAUAUGUCUCCUACUGUGCAGGAACUAAAGACCAGACUCUCAUUAAGAAUUCACUCUGCAGUUAACUUACAGGUACAAUGAAGUACUGUACAGUGUCUACACAGAAAUAAGUCUCUUCAUAUUUAAUGGGGAUUACUCCCAGAUAAAAGUAGUACAUGAUUUCAGCCUAGGCUUCGCUUAUGGGCUAGCAUUGGAGAAAGCUGUGUGGAAGGCAAAAAUUCAACAGAUUAAGUGCAAGUAUGGGGAAAGAUAUUCACAUUCUAGCUGUCAGACAUUUUAUCACGCAAAACAUAUACAAAUCUGUGGUCUCUUUUGUGAGUAGGUCAAUGCGGCCAAUCCAUAUACAGUAUACUGGACCCAGAAAAUCCUGUUGGCCCUUCUGAUUGUAGUCUAGGGGUGUAUGAUCUCAGGAUUUGAGGGCUGAAUGCAGCAUUCAGGUCACUCUGCCUGUCCCUCCUACAUCCCUUUUCUAGCCACACACCCCACCAGUCCAGGUUUGCACCCUUCUUGAAUCCCUUUCCCUGCAGGAAAUGCAUCCUUGAACUUUGAUCAUUCUGUUUGCUUGUCUGGAUGGAUGAGAGUGUGUGUGAAUGUGUAUAGAAACUAGCCUACUGUACAAUGGUAAAAUUCACAUUUGUUGCUCCAUCUACUUUUGCUUCUGGUACCACCCAACACUGGCAUGUGGGUCCCAGAAGUCCCUUGAGCUAAAAAAGGUUCCCAACCCCCCCCCCUCAUAUUUAAUAGAGUGGUUGCUAUGCAGAAGCUUUUGUAGAGAAUUGCUGUGUUAUGUAGUGUGUGCUGCUUUUCUCAAAUUAUUCCUUCUGUUGAUGCAUUAUAAUUUUGUUAUACAUAGAUGAAUUCCAUCUGCUCUAGGAAUUAAUUUCUUAAAAUACAAUUCUAUCUAUGGAAGUCUGCAUAGAUGCAAUAUUUAGGUUUAGAUAACCAUAUUACUUCUUUUUAUGUUUAAGAGCUGGGCUUUACAAAUAUAUUCCUCUUCUCUGCCAGAUUUACAUAUCCUCCUGGUCUUAUAUCUGUGCAACAGCAUAGGCUAUCGGAACAUUAAAAUGUCUAGAAUGUGUAAACAAUAGGAUUAUCAUAACCGGAAGUGCUACCAUGUUCUUUGUUUCCUGCCUUAAUGAGAGCUUUUAUUCUCUGUUUUGCAGAUGUUCUCCGUAAUUCCUAACAAGUUUCUUCCAAACAGCAAGAAUCCUUGUUGGUAUGAAGAAUACAAAGGAAACACUACUAGGGAUCCUUAUGCUACAAACUCAUAUGCGUUGUAUUCCAAACGUUUUCGGACAAUAUUUGAUUACCUUAGAAAGGUGUUUUGGAGCCAUUUGUAUCAUUACAAGGAGAAGCACUACCGGCUACGCUGCCUUCCCCAUUUCUACAUCAUAGGCCAGCCGAAGUGCGGAACAACAGACCUUUAUGAUAGGCUCAGGUUACAUCCUGAUGUGAGAUUCUCAGCAAUUAAGGAGCCUCACUGGUGGACAAGGAAAAGGUUUGGUGAGUAAACACACUAUCUGACACAGAGUUGUUUUUGCAGAAAUGAAUUCUUAAAUCUUCCUUUGGAAGCAGCAUCUCUUCAUUUUUAAGUUUCUCCAUCCCUAGUUAGCAGUAGACCUAAUGCUGGAAACCAAUAGGUCUAGCCUUAAUGUCUGUAUCUGUGGCAAAUUGCCUUGGAUACACACUGGAAGUGCACGUAACAAGCCCCCAAAUCAGAAGCCUAAUAUAGAGAAGCCUAUCAGCUGGAUUGGUAUAAACAAUAGCCUGCCCUAAUAUUAAUUAAUUGAUCUAUAUAAUGCCCAGUUUGCUUGUCAGCUGUGUGCAGAACAAGUCUUAACAUUGCACAAAUUUAUAAUAAGCUGUCAUCAACUAGAAAAACCUAGGAUGGGUAGCACUGUUUGUUGUUUGGUCAUAAGCAGAUGUCUAUACAAAUCUGCCUUUUUGUGUAGUUCUUUCAAAAUACCUGCUCUGGCUUAGGUAAAAGAGUUGAUGCUAAAAAUCCAUUUCAGGCAGUACCUUGCGGUAACAUGAGAGCUGCUUUUCCUUUUGACAGUUCCAUGUGGCUUGAUCAAUACCAGGUUUAGUGGGGCUCUUGGCCCCCAGGGACUCUCACCUUGAAAGUGACAGGUAUAUGCAGCAGCAUCAUAAAAGGGGGGGGCAGUUUAGUGAGCAAGUUCUGCUAGUCUCCACUGUUUUAAGCCCCCUCUUAGUAUGUGAGGUCCCUUUGUAGUAGUUUAUUUUGUGGAGUUAAUACGCUGGGUGCUUCAGCUGCUAAGGCUGUAGUGCUGGAGAGUUUUCAUUUGCCCAAAGCAAAGGGCAGCUGCCCAUGGAGCUCUGGUACUGGGCCUGUGGCUGGUAUAUGGAUGAUGCAGCCACAAGGAUAAGGCAGAUUGCAUGGGUUUUCCCUUGGAGGAAAGGUGCCAGUUGCAUAGAAUAAUACAGCUGUAAGGGUCUGCAAGGGACAUCUAGUUCAGCAGCCUGAAAUGCAGGAAUAUUUUGCCCAACAUGGGGCUCGAACCCACAACCUUGAGAUUAAGAGUCUCGUGUUCUACCGUCUGAGCUAUCUCAGAAUACAGGCAUGUGUGAUUAGCCUGCCCAGAUGCUUCAGCUGCAUAGUGUUGUAUAACAGAGCUUGACUCCACAGUCUGUAUUGGCCUGGUUUGAAAGGUGAAGAGACUUAGUGCUAGUUCCCAUCUGAUGAUGAGCUCAUUCAAGGACAUAGUGACAACAGUUUCUAAUAUCUACCUUGCUUGAGUGCCAGUUUGGCAGGAGUGAGAGUUGGAAGCAAUUACAAUGAUUAUCUGAAAGCAGGACCAGCGUCAGCACCUGGAAUCCUUGGGCUUCUGCCCGUGGAUGUUGACCCUGACGCUGCUACCAUUCUGCUGACGGGUUUCCUAGGAUUUUUAGUUCAGGAAACAGAUUUAUUUUUAUUUGCUUUCAAGAGUUGCAAGGAUUCAAAUCUUGAAAUAUCAAAGCAGUAGAGAGUAUGUUUUCAUUAUUUUUUUAUUACUGAAAACUGAGCUCCCUCCCUGCCAAGCCUGGUUGUACUCACUUCAGUCUGGUUCUGCUCAGUAUGUCUCAAGACACAAGGGAACAGUUUAGCCUCUAUGGAUUUUAACACCAGUGUUUUGGCUUAUGAUUAGUGAUAUAGAUGGCCUAGUAGGCUGAGGUUUAUACCACACAGAGGAUAGGUUCAGUUGUGCACGCCCCCCCCCGCUUCAGAUAAAACCUUAGAACGAAUGCACAACAGAGCUUCUUCUGUCUGCAAAUUGGUUUGAAUAGGAAACCACUGCUUUUCAGAUUAUAGUUGAUAAUGCCUUCAAGUUUGAGUGAAGUCAAUCUAGUUGAAAUGGACUAAAUUGGUACAACUGGUUUCCUCUACUAAGGCAGUUGAAGCAACAAACUCAAUAAAAUUGAGCUGAACUAAUUUCAGAGGGAUUUUAAUUGGUAUGCAGUGUUCUUUCAAGUAUAUUCUUUGUGGUUUGUCUCUUAUACGAGUUCUAUACUUGGCCCAAUAAAACAACUUCUGAAUUUAUUUCAAAUAAAAUUCCAUGUGCUGAGGCCAAAUGCAAACGGCGACUGUUUUAGAAUUAUUUGAAAGGACCAGGCAGGUACAUCUCCAAAGCUGAGAAACUCUGGGCUUUUCCAUCUGGCUGAGAAGGCUAUGUAUGCCACUCUGAGUGGAACACCGGCAUGCUAACAUGUAUCAGCAUGGAAGGAUACCCACAAACCAGCCUUCUUCUGCUUCUUCUUCCUCAUUAAAGUUAUAUACCACCCUUCAUCUGAAGACCACAGGGUGGCUUACAACAUAAAAACACAAAAACCAAAUCCGAGAAGUCAAAACAUCCCUGCAUAGGGGGGUCUAUCCAACUUCCCAUCUCCAAACCAAACAGUACUCCAUCUCUCCAAAUCUGACUUUCUCCAGGUUCAGUCGUCAGAAACAACAACCUAUGUUCCUGCAAGGCCGCAGCUCUCUCCACUUCCACCACUUGAGGUUCAGCAGCAACCUCCUCCUCCAUCUUCCUCACAACUUGCCCUGCCAAGGCACAUUCCUGGACCAAUUCCUGAGUGGUUUUUAUAUGAGUAUUCACUGUUUGUCCAAAUUUGCCAACUGCAACAGUCAUCAAAUCCAUCUUCUCAUGUAACUGUUCCAGUAAAGCACUUGUCUUGCAAAAAGCAAGCACUAAAGCUUCUUCUGGGCACAUUCUUGUUCAAGGUCAAUGUCUGGUCUCACGAUCUUAAUCUCUAGAACUGUGGAAAUCCCCAGAUCGACUCCAGCAACAGUUUCACAAGCUCCCUCUAGAGGAAACAGUUUCUGUUUGUAUCCGUCUUUUUUUUUUAAAAAAAGCAGAUCCCGCAACAAAAUUUCUUUCUUUUUUCAGAUAUUUUGUUCCUUUUAAGUGCAAAAGGGAACAUUGGAAUCAAAAUGUUUCUCUUUUUUUAACUAUCUGUCAAAAAAAGAACGUUUUAUCCACAGUCAGUGAACUGACAAAACGUCUGUCUCUGACACCCCGCUCCCAGGUUCAAGACGGUGGAAAUUUAUCUUUCUUUACUCUCUCUUCUGCAGGUUUUAACAGUCUAAGAUUUCCCCCCUCUUCUACUGCUCCCAAGGGGGGUUUAGUAAUUUUAACUGAUGGAAAUUUAGUCCUUUACAAACGACUUUCCAGACUCUAGCUUGCAAUGUCUUUGCUUCAAUCUAUUUACAAAAGCAGAAGGCGGACUUCCUGUUUAGACCUUCCCGCUUCAGUGCCAAAUUAAGAAGUUUCAUAGUCCGAUUUUCCGUUCUACUCACGGGCAGUUGUUUAAAAUCCAAUUGUUCACAGGAAAAAGUCAGCGCUCUCCGGCAACAGCAAUGCGGCUUCACUCCGUGAAAAGAGCAGUCGAUUCGAAGCACCGCGCCAUUCACCCCACGUCGCUCCGGAUCCCCGAAACCAGGUUUCCCCGCGAGUAGGGGAGGCGCAGAAGGUGCCAGCCAAAUCCCACGUCCACAGGCUUCUCCCGCCUGUGGUUUUUGAUGGGUCUCCGCCUCGCCGUGGCGGUCCAGACCCUAAUUCUCACGAAGCGGAUUCCUCCCGAUCAGAGGAAAUCCGCCAUUGCCGGAGGCGCUAACCUGGAAGUCCCCAUCCUGUGGUCUUCUUCAUAAGGUUACGCCAUUUAGAUUUGUCACUAAGAGCUUCCCUAGCAAGCACCAAGGUGGCUUCUCUUACUAUGUGGCCAGGAUGUAAAUAAUAUUUACACUCAUGAAAUAAAUACACAAUUUUCAAUGUCCGUAUUUAUACACACAUAUGUAUAAUUGUAAUUAUAUAUUUAUUUAUAGUGCUGCCUUUUUCCCUGACAGGAACUCAAGGUGGCUUAAAGAAAAAGUAGAAACAAUUUAUUCAUGUUCAUGUACAUGUAGACUACAAAGAACUUGCUACAUGAAAUAGAUUAUGUAGAAAUUAAUCAUGCAACCAUUUUGACUCUUUUUAUCAGAUACUUAUUUAUUUAGGGUUUUGGACAUUUUUUUUUAUUACUGUCAGGGGUUCAGGAGCAGAGGCACAGGAAAGGGAGGAAAUAGAGAGCGAGGGGGAGGAGUCCGAAGGAAAUGUUAGCGAUGACAGCGGUCCGAGGUCUCUGAGUCUUUCCAGCGAAUCGGAAGAUUCACAGAAAGGGGCCCCUUGGUCAGAGCAAGGGGGACACCCCAGGAAGAAGGGGCCAGAGGGGACUCAGAGAGCAGCAGUUGGAAAUCAGGACCAGCGUCCACACCAGAGUGCAGUAGGGGGGAGGAGUCCCAGGCAUCGGGAUCAGGCGGCGCACUGCCAGUGGGAGGACAUGAGUCAGGAUUGGCCACGCCUCCAUCGGGGAGCGAGGAAACGGUCGAGAGGAAGAUUGAAGGCUGGGCGCGCGCGCCAAGUUCAAAUGUACAGGAGGGCGGCGCAGUUGGCAGCCCGGAUAGGGAGCCAGGUCCCAAAGCCCGCCGAAAAGAGGGGGAGGAGUCAGGGGGGGUCAGCGUCAGAAGAAUCCAGGAAGGAAGGGACCCCGGGGGGUAGCAGGACCCAGAGGAGAAAGGAGAGACGUAAGAGGUGGAGUAAGGCUAGAAUCUUAAACUGGUGUACAGGGGGCGGAGACUCAGAUGGAGCUUCGCCGAUCUAACCCCUAGACGUAGAGCUGGGGCGCUCCGGCUUGAAAAUGGAAACUGUACUUCAAUAAAGACUUUUGUACAUUACUGCCGGCUAGCGUUGGUCCUCUGUGAGCUGGGACCUGGAGCCAGCUCUGACAGUAAGCUCCAUCUCAAAAAUUUUGCACCAAAAACCUCGUAACGUGAGUGGACGCAGCGAGGGGAGAUUGGUGCUUCGCGAGCUCACAAAAGUCAGGCAAGAUGACUACAGAACAGCAACUAGCAGCCCUGCAAAAUGCAGUGACACAACUCAACGCGGAGGUACUCGCAUCCAGGAAAAGGGAAGAGGAAGCGGCUGCCGCCUGCAGGGAUCUCCAAGCCAGGUUGGAAGUGCUUGCUAAGCAGGGGCAACCGGGACCCAAAUCAGAGGGGAUUGGGCUGGGGAAAAGAGGAGGCAGCCUGGUAUCUCAUUUCGAUGGGAAUUUGCAGCAGUACCCUAACUUCCGAGCAGACGUGCUGUUUGCGCUGGAACUGCUGGAUAAAGACUUUAGAGAUGAGCAAGAGAAGGUGGGGUUUAUCUUGUCCCAUUUGCAUGGGGAAGCUAAAGCGUGGCUGCGCAAUCUGUGGAGAGAUAAGGAUCCGGCGCUCCAAAAUGCGGAUGCAUUCAUUAAAGCGAUGGAUUCGUGUUUUUAUCAAAUAUAGACAUUGAUAUCGCCAGAAAAGACAUACAUGGGCUCAAACAAGGCAGAGCCAGUGUAAGGCAGUACCAUUCCCGCUUUUUGCAUUAGUCCAUGCGCUGGGAUGGGAGAAGGAUUCUGCCCCAGCCAGAGACCUUUUUUUGGGAAGGCUUGAAUGCAAAUGUGAAAGAUGAGAUUGCAAGGGGGGAGAGACCAAAGAGCACUCAGGAGGUUGUCCGGAGGGCGCUGCAAAUUGGGGUGCGUCUGGAAGAACGUCCAUGGAACAGAGAAGAAGGACGUUGGGGACGUACGCCAGUGAGAGCACCCCCCUCUUUCCCAAGGAUACAGCGCGUGUGCAAUCCCCCCCUCCGCAAGGCGGGGGCGAGCAACCGAUGGAGAUUGGAGGCGCCAGGGCUCAGUCAGCAACCAGAGCCUUACCACCGGGAGCAGUCAAAGCGAAGCCUCCUAGAGGGAACAGGAAGUGCUACAUCUGCGACAGUGCUCAGCACAUGGCGAAAGAGUGUCCCCAGAGGCUCCACAAGCACACUGCAGCCUCAGCAACAGUAACAGAAGCAACUCAGCAGAGAGAACCACAGCAGGGAAACGACAGAGUCUGGUUGGAGGAAGAGGCACUGGGGCCCAACCAGACAAGUCACUGAAGCCGUCCCCAGAGAUUUUGCAGCCCACAGACCCCCUCCCGCCCAAACCAGUGGUGCAGCUCACAGCAUCGCUCCAACUACCCAAUGGACUCACUAUGGAAGUGCCGAUUACCAUUGACUCUGGUAGUAACGCAGACUUCAUAGGACUGGAUUUCCUUCAAGAGCACAACAUAGCACUCCUGCCAGCCACGCUGCCUCUGAAGGUUGUCACGGUGGAUGGCAGGGAAUUGCUGGGGGGGCAGGUGGUGCAGCAAACGCCUCCGAUGGUGAUGCAAAUUGGGAAUCACCGAGAAGUCAUCAGCUUCAAUGUCACCCAACUGUCGGACACGCCUAUAGUAUUAGGCAUGAGUUGGCUGCACAGGCACAGCCCAGCAUUGGCGUGGUACCAGCGACAACUGACCUUCGGCUCCUCAUACUGUGCGGAACAUUGCAUUCUGCCUAGCCCGGAAGGGGAAGAGGAUGAUCCGCAGCUACAAUUAGGCACGCUGCAAGCAGUGCCACUCAAGUACGCAGCGUUUUUGGAGGUUUUCUGCGAGAAGGAAGCGGACAAGCUACCUCCCCACAGGUCUUAUGACUGCAAGAUUGACCUCCUGCCAGGGGCGACGCUGCCAACCGGGAAACUGUAUUCCAUGUCUGAAGACGAGCUGCAGGAACUCAGGGAGUUCAUAGACCUCAACUUGAAGCGCGGUUUCAUCCGGGAGUCGAAGGCAGUGGGGGGCAGUCCUGUAUUCUUUGUGAAGAAGAAGGACACGCCCCAAAAAGGCUUGUGGUGGACUAUAGAAUUUUGAACUCGAAAACCAAGCCCACAGCCUUUCCCAUGCCCAAGAUAGAUGACCUGCUCGCAACGGUGAGGAAAGGACGCGUUUUCACAAAGUUGGAUCUGCGAGGGGCGUACAACCUGAUUCGCAUACGGGAGGGCGACGAAUGGAAGACUGCCAUGUUCACGCCCCUGGGCACCUAUGAAUACAGAGUUAUGCCCUUUGGAUUACAAAAUGGCUCCCACUGUUUUCAAGCCUUCAUGCAUCACGUAUUGGCGGGUCUCCUCUACAAGAAAUGCGUCUGCUUCCUGGACGACAUCCUGAUAUUUUCAGAAUCAGAGGAGACCCACGAGGGAGACGUCAAGGAAGUUCUGCAGAGACUGCAGGAGCACAGGCUGUACGCCAAGCUGGAGAAGUGCCAGUUCGACAUGAAGGAGGUAGAUUUCCUGGGCUACAAGUUGUCGGACAAGGGGCUCGCCAUGGACAGCGCCAAGGUUCGCUCAGUGUUGGACUGGAAGAGCCCGCGCAAUCGGAAGGAGGUCCAGCGGUUUGUCGGUUUCGCCAACUUUUACCGCAAGUUCAUCAAGGGGUUCGCGAUGCAGACGGCGGCCAUUACCGACACGCUCAGCUCCAAGAAGAAGAAGUUCAUCUGGACGGAGCAAGCGGAGCAGUCCUUUCAGAAACUCAAGCGUCUCUUCUCGUCCGAAGAGCAGCUACUGCAUGUGAAUCCCAGCAGACCGAUGAGGGUUGAAACGGACGCCUCAGACAGAGCCGUGGGAGCAGUACUGUUGCAGCAAGACCCGCAUGGGGACUGGAGACCGUGUGCCUUCUACUCCAGGAAGCUCAGCAAGUCAGAGCAGAACUACACCAUCUGGGACAGGGAGUUGCUGGCCAUUCAUGCAGCAUUCAAGGCGUGGCGGCACUUCCUCAUUGGAGCCAAACACACAGUGCAGGUCCGCACGGACCAUAAAAACCUGGAGUACUGGCGCACGGCAAGGUUCCUGAACCAGAGGCACAUACGAUGGGCGGAGUUCUUUGCGGAUUUCGACUUCAGGAUAGAGUACAUCCCAGGCGACAACAACAUCAUGGCGGAUGCACUGUCCAGAAAGCCGCAAUACCUCGAGGAGGCGGCACCAGCAGCGGCCAAGCACAUUUUCGCACCGAAAGCGUGGGCGUGCGCUUCAGCAACCGUGGACCUGGAUGCUGUACGUCGAGCACUGCAGGAGGACCCCUUCGCGCAAGCAAAGAUGGCAGAGGUGCAAAGGGGCACGGCGGAGGACGACGAGUUCCAGAUACGCGACGGAUUGCUCAUCCGCAGAGGGGCCCUCUACGUACCGGGAGACGACCUCCGCGCGAAAGUACUGCAGCAGUUGCACGACGCACCCACCGCCGGGCACUUUGGCAAAGAGAAGACGGUAGAAUUAGUAGCCAGAGAUUUUUGGUGGCCCAAGAUGCGGGGGGGAAGUCGCGGAUUACGUCUCGAGGUGCGACACCUGCCAAAGGGCCAAGUCAGUGCACAAACCGCCGGCGGGACUGCUCGAACCCCUGCAGACACCGCUCGAACCGUGGGAGAGGGUGGCCCUGGACUUUGUCACGGAUCUACCCAGCUCGAGGGGCAAGACGGCGGUGCUAGUGGUGGUGGACAUGUUCACCAAAAUGGCCCACUUCAUUCCGUGCGCGAAGGUGGCCACGGCGGAACAGACCGCCAAACUGUUCAUAGACCACGUGUUCAGAGUUCACGGUCUGCCACGGUCUAUCCUGUCCGACCGGGGCGACAGUUUAUCUCGAACUUCUGGCAGAAGCUGAUGGGUUUCCUGAACGUCAAGAUCAACCUAGCGUCGGCGAGACACCCGCAGACGAACGGACAAGCGGAGCGAGUCAACGCCAUCAUGCAGCAGUACCUGCGAUGCUACGCAAAUCAGCAGCCGGCAACAUGGGUGGACUACCUGCCGCUCGCUGAGUUCGCCUACAACAACACGAAGCACGUGUCCACGGGGUGACACCGUUCUUCGCCAACAACGGGAGGCAUCCCAGAACCUUCCCGGGAUUAGCGAGAGCGGGGGAGGGGGAGCCACAGGCAGCGGAAGCCUUAGCAUCAGAGUUGCAGGAGGUUCACGAACAGCUUCGGAGGCAGUUAGAACUAGCAAAGCACGCAUACAAACUGCAGGCUGACAAGCACAGGAGGGUUGGGGAAGACAUACAGGUGGGAGACUGGGUUUGGUUAGCAGCCCAGGCAGUGCCGGCCAGAUCGUUAGCGAAGAAGAAGCUAGGGCAUAAGCAGCUAGGACCCUACCAAGUCGAGGCACAGGUCAAUCCAGUGGCCUUCCGGUUGACACUGCCGGAGGGAUCCAGAAUGCACCCAGUUUUCCAUAGAUCAGUGCUCACGCCCUACAAAGCACCUCAUAGAUUUCAGGAGCCAGGAACGGCACCAGACCCGUUCAGGGAAACGCCCACAAGGGGGGGGUCGCCAAGGCGGGAACCCGUCAACGAAGUCACAGAGAUUUUAGACUCGAGAUGGGGCGAGGAGGGAGUGGAAUACCUCCUCGCCAAGGAAGGUACCCCGGCUAGCGCCAACAGUUGGGUGCCAGAUUAUGCUCUGGAGGAAUCUUGGCUCAAGGACGAGUUCCAUGCACUUUUCCCACACAGGCCCAUGCCAGCCGAGUAUUUCGACGACUGGCUUUUUACACCCACAUUUUCAGCUAGCACAUUCCAGGGGUUCACCUCGGACGAGGAACCGGCACUAGAAGCACGUUCCCCGGAGGGAUCACCCUCGGGGUCUGCCUCAGACCGUUCCUAUUGGUGGGACACUCAACCAGAGGAGCAGUGGCGCAGGAAGUGGUUGGGGGGUCCUUGGCAGGCAACGUCCCCGGAGGAGACCGGGGAGAGACGGACAUGGACGUGUUGGGGGAGGACCUUGGGUUCGAGCACGGCGGCAAAGAGAUGGAAGCAGAGGAAAUUGAGGUCGGCGAGAGCACGGAGGACGAGCCGGACUUAUCCGGCUGGAUGCACGCCACGGGGACGAACUGUAUCCGGCACUCACCCCCACAACGACGGAGCACCCAGUACCCACACCUGAAGGAGGGGAGGGGGAAGGGGGGCUUCGAGGGGGAUGGAUGUCAGGGGUUCAGGAGCAGAGGCACAGGAAAGGGAGGAAAUAGAGAGCGAGGGGGAGGAGUCCGAAGGAAAUGUUAGCGAUGACAGCGGUCCGAGGUCUCUGAGUCUUUCCAGCGAAUCGGAAGAUUCACAGAAAGGGGCUCCCUUGGUCAGAGCAAGGUGGGUGCCGAGGGGGACACCCCAGGAAGAAGGGGCCAGAGGGGACUCAGAGAGCAGCAGUUGGAAAUCAGGACCAGCGUCCACACCAGAGUGCAGUAGGGGGGAGGAGUCCCAGGCAUCGGGAUCAGGCGGCGCACUGCCAGUGGGAGGACAUGAGUCAGGAUUGGCCACGCCUCCAUCGGGGAGCGAGGAAACGGUCGAGAGGAAGAUUGAAGGCUGGCGCGCGCGCCCAGUUCAAAUGUACAGGAGGGCGGCGCAGUUGGCAGCCCGGAUAGGGAGCCAGGUCCCAAAGCCCGCCGAAAGAGGGGGAGGAGUCAGGGGGGUCAGCGUCAGAAGAAUCCAGGAAGGAAGGGACCCCGGGGGGUAGCAGGACCCAGAGGAGAAAGGAGAGACGUAAGAGGUGGAGUAAGGCUAGAAUCUUAAACUGGUGUACAGGGGGCGGAGACUCAGAUGGAGCUUCGCCGAUCUAACCCCUAGACGUAGAGCUGGGGCGCUCCGGCUUGAAAAUGGAAACUGUACUUCAAUAAAGACUUUUGUACAUUACUGCCGGCUAGCGUUGGUCCUCUGUGAGCUGGGACCUGGAGCCAGCUCUGACAAUUACUGUUAAUUUUACAAUAAAAAAGAACUUGAAAAAAAUAAUAGAAUACAGUGUUUAUAAAGUAAAGUAAAGUAAGUUGAAAAACAAAAUGAGAUUGAUAUACUGAGAAUAAAUCAGUUCUUUAAAUUUCAGAACAUUUCACAGCAGUAGUUGAUAAUUUGGAGAAAAUAAGUUUUUUUUAUGGUACUUAACCACAUCAGAUCCAGUUUGCUAUAUUGCCAUUUUGUCUCUGUCCUGGUUCUUUUGACUUCAUUAAAAGAAAUUCCCAAAUGUUAUGUGUCCACUAAUUCAAUACCAGGUGUUAUUUGAGAGCUCUAUUUCUAUGCAAGCAGUAUUCCUGCUGCAGCUACCAUGCAAGAAAAUAGUUCUUAAUGUUACUUCCUUGUUGAACCAUCAGUAUAAUUGAAUAACUAUCAUAUCCUAUUUAUGAUUAUGCUAUUUGAACAGGGUCUUCCACCAAAUAGUCCAAAAGGCAGAGCAGUAAACAUCUCAACUAUACCACUGUAGAUUCCAGGCUUACUUUAUUUAUUUAUUUAUUUUUGCAUUUCAGGGAUAAUUCGUCUGAGGGAUGGAUUUCAUGAUCGCUACCCAGUGGAAGAUUACCUGGACUUGUUUGACUUGGCUGCUCAUCAGAUUCAGAGUGUGUUGCAGGGGGACACUGCAAAAGACUCCAGCAAGAUAAUUAUUGGUACAGAAACUACUGCUUAUAGGGGUUUAUGUUGCUGGUAUGAGACUUGCUUUAAUAACAUCGGUGGUUAUCUGUACUAAGAUAAGAGUUCACUGAUCUCCUCUGUAUCUUAGCAAUGUAAGCUAAGUAUACGAUAGCAAAAAUGUGGAUAAGGCAUUUUAUUAGAACAACUUCUGUUGGCAGAAGGGUAAUGCAAGCUUUACAGCAUCAUGAAAGUGUGCCUUCAACUAGUAAUGAAAAGUUGAGCAAACAUCUGUCUGAAAAUAAGAGCAUUAUAAAUCUUUAAUUUUGCACCUUGUUUUCAAUGUAAAUAGAGGCUGUUUAAAAAUGCAUUAAUAUUAUUUAGUUUUUUAUAACACUUUAUAGCACCUUGGCAACAAUAUAGUGUUCAAUGCAACAUGCUGUCCAUCUAAAAUAAAAAAUAACUACAAAGAAAUACAAACAUGCAGAAUCGGGCAAAAAUUUUGUGAAUAAAAAAUACCUUCACUUGCUAGUGAAAUCUAGCUGUGUCCCACUGAUUUAACCACAGUAAAUGACAUCAUAUGAAGCAAAUAAGUAAUCUGAUUAACUUGAUGGGUAUGGAAGAAUAUAUGAGAUAACGUAUAUGGGACUUUAGCUCUAUUGUUUCCCUUAGGAUGCAUUCAGCGCAGGGUUGACCAGAUGUCAAAGAGGACAGCGUCUUUGCACCUUUAAUGGUUGGGUAGGAGAGGGAAUUUCAGGUGGUGUAGUUUGCAUGAGAAGCUAUACUUGCUGAAAUAUCUGUUUCUACACAAUGCUAAAGGCACAGGUUUCCUCUUUUGCUUCUGGUCAUCCUAAUUCAGCAACAGCACUUUGUUUUUUUGGAAGACAGCCUAGGAUAGUUGCAAGUGUGGCAUCAGCAGGCCGGAAACAAAGUCUGCUCAGACUCCACAAAUGCCCUGGGAAACUUUAGGAAAUAAAACUUUUCAUGGAUGGAGAUGUAGUGUUAAUAGGAACCUCCACCUGUAAUUUCUGCCUGCUGUGCUGCUGUUUAGUUAUAUAAAGGAGCCAAAUAUAGCGACACUAAACAUUUGCUAGGCAUAAGAGAUAGGAUAGGUUGGAUUUCCUUCAAGGGACCAAUUUAUUCUACUGUCUACUGAGACUGGGGAAAGUCUAAGGUGUUGUGACCUACGAAAGUUAUUAUGACAUUAUUGACAUAUCCUGACUUUUUAAAUCAAGAAGCUAUUAGGCCUCAUUAUUUUGUUGUGAUAUGAGCAGGUUCACUGCUCUUUCUAUAAACAAAUAUUGUGCCUCAAGUGCUCUUUCUGGACUUUUAUUAUCAAGGACACAUACAAGCUACAGUUUUUAUUUUAUCGUCUCUUCUAAGGGGAAGAAUGCUAAUUCAAAUGGCUAAUGUACUUUUUUUGAGCAAUUGCCUUUGCAAGGAGCUGAACUUUUUGUUAAGGAAAAUGUUUACAUGGCCUCUUCUUAAUAAAGUUUACAAGAAAUCAUCUGAAUUAAUAUGCUCAUUAUAAUGAAUUUUUUUUAUUACCUUGUUAAAAAUACAAUUUAGUCAAGAAUCCAUCUAUAGGAAAUAUGAAAAUCUGAGAUUUUCUUAGGGAGCCACAUUAUUAAACGUCAAAUGAUUAAAAUGGAGAGAUAUAAUUAAAACUAUAAACAUCCCUCUAACUUUACCAGGGAAAGUAAUUUUACAAUCAAAAACAUCUCUGAAUCAAAUCUUUAUUGGGUUGUAAUUAUAUUGCCAGAUGAAGCCAUGGAGGUUUCAGAAGCCCUACACAAGACAUUACCCUUGCAGCUCCAAGCAUUUUAGACAGGGUUUAUUUAUUUUUUAUCCUUAUUAUGAUAAAUUUACCAGAAUGGUUUAUGAAAGCACAACAUGAUUUUUUCCCAUUAAUCUUCUGGCUAAGGACAUUAAAGAGCCAUUUUUAAUGAAAGUAGGCAGUUUCAUCAUAUGUUGUAUGCUUUUAGCGUCUAUGAAAAAUUGGUAUAUUUUGGACUGUGCUGUUCUCAUUUGAUAUAUAAAUGCAGCAGCAUUUAAUUCAUCAUGGGUUAAAUAUGGAUUCCUCCUCACAAACAUUAAUUCGUGUUGUGGUGCUAUGGGGUGGGGGAGAGAGAUGAUGAAACAAUAGAAUCAUGGAAUUUCUGAGUUGGAUGGGAAGUCAAGGGGUUAUCUAAUCUAACCCCCUGAAAUGCAGAAAUAAUAGCUAAAGAAUCUCUGACAGAAGGCCAUCCAACCUUUGUUUAAAAACCUCCUUUGAAAGAGCGUUCAUUACCUUUCAAGUUGUCUGUCCCACUAUUGAAUAGCUCUUACUGUCAGAAAGUUCUUCCUAAUGAUUAGUCAGAAUCACCUUUCUUGUAAUUUGAAUCCAUUGGCUUGGGCCCUAUCCUCAGGAACAGCAGAAAAUAAGCUUGCCCCCUCUUCCAUGUGGUAGCCCUUCAGAUAUUUGAAGAUCAUAGAAUUGUAGAGUUGGAAGGGAUCCCGAGGAUCAUGCAAUCCAACCCCCUACAAUGCAGGAAUCUCAAUUGUAUUUCCUUUCAGUCUCUGCCCAAGACAUACCCAACUCCCUCAACUAUUAAGAAGUGUAUUUUUGGCUGCCAUAGCCAAGAAUAGGAAGUGACCUAGCAUAUUUCAUUUAAUGUUCUGGUCCUGCUCUGCAUUUACAACAGUGCUCAGAAUGAGCCAGUCAUCUAGAGUGACACUGAUCUGCAGCUUUUUGUCAUUCCUAGGAGAGGCGAGUGCUUCGACAAUGUGGGACAACAAUGCUUGGAUUUUCUUCUAUGACAACAGUACAGAAGGGGAGCCUCCAUUCUUAAUACAGGACUUCAUCCAUGCCUUCCAGCCAAAUGCAAAGCUGAUUGUUAUGCUUAGGGAUCCUGUUGAAAGGUUAGCAAACAAUAUUUACAUAGUAUCAAAGAAAUGUAUUUUAUUCUUUUUAUUUGUUCUCAUGGAUGGUUGACAGCUGCCCUCAAAAUUGGUAAGUUGAGAGCAGCAUAACUCACCACCGCAACUCGACUCCAUAAACACUCGUACCACGUCAUUGAAUCCAUUGUUUUUUAAAAACUUGUUUUUAAUAUGGCUAAUACAAUCUGGAAAGCUAUAGUGUUUUUAGUGUAGAAAUGGAUUCUUUAGGAAGCUCUAGAAUAGAGAUGGCUUACCUGUAGCCCAGUAGCCUGAUGCAAUCCCCCAAGACUUCAACAACAUUGGUGACAGCAAUACAGAAAAGAAAAUUUAAAGGAGACAUGGUACGACAGAGGGCAGAGAGGUUUGAACCUCUCCACCCAGCCCUGAUGCAAAUUGCCCCCUCACUAUCAGAUUGAUCAUUUGAUGAGGGGGGCAGUAAGACACCUGCCUCUCCCUGUCAGCUAAUUCAUUUAGCUUACCUUAGGAAGAUGUGUGUGUGCAUGCGAGAGGGUGGAGUAGCCACACCCACCACUGGCAUGUAGCCCUGGACCAAAGGACGAAUGUUCCUUGUUUUGCUUAGUGUUCAGAAUAAGGUGAAUUACAGUCUCCAGUAGCUUUGACUUCCCAUUCUGAAUUAUUUAAUCACAUUUUCAAUCCUGAUUUCCAUAUAUUGGAGAAACUUUGAAUGCCUCUAAUUCUUGAGCAUGAUCUGGGAAAGAGUUAAUACAGUAUGCAAUCUGAACUGAUAAGAGUUGUAAAAUUGAACAAGUAAAACUCCCAUAACAGAUAAUCUUUCAUCUUGUUGACAUUAGCAGAGAUGCAGGUAACUAUGGAAACCGAGAACUGUGUGGAGAUCCCAGUUGCUUAGGGCAAUUUCAGUGUGAAAAAGGCAAAUGUAUCCCAUCUGCUAUAAGGCAUAGAAAUAAAGGUCAACAGGUUUUCCUCCCCUGCACAAGGUAGUGUGUACCUUGGUCAAGAGUCCACUCCAAGUUGUAGUGAAAGAAAAGUAAACACAGUUCUUUAGGAUUUGCUGACAUGUACUCCUUAGCAGUAAUAUGGGAAUAAAUAUUUUAACCCUCUUCACAGGAUUCCACCGGCUUCUUAAUAUCCCUGUUUUUGGUGAGAUAUAAGGACUUGUUUGUCUUGUAUUGCAUGGUCCAAUUCUCACCUUUUUAAAAUGGUAAAGUGAUUUAUUUCAACAGUCACAUGGUAUUCUGUUAUUAUUUAUUCAUAACAUUUCUGUCCUGCUCUUCCUCCUGAAAGAACCCAUGGCAACAGGUACAGACAGUUUUAUGGAACAAUAUAGCACGGUCUUUUCCUAAGGAUUUAAGUAAAAAAGGCUUGAUGAUAUGGUUAAGCUCAGGUCUCAUUAAAUAUAUUCAAAAGACGUCUCAUCAUAUGUAAAAUGACAGAUAAUAGUAAUAUUAUAUUAAGGUCACCACAUCCAGGCUUGGCAUUGGCGUUUGGUGCUCUUACAUCCUGGCAAGGCCCACUAGUGCUGAGGUCUGUUUUUUAUAAUUAGUUUGGGAUAAAUCAGAACAAAGCUUUAAAUUUCAAACAACCAUUCCUCUGAGUAUAUAAAUCAUUAUUAGGAGUGGAUUCCAUGACUUUCAUCCUUUUACUGUUACGGCAGAAAGAGGUGAAACUACAAAGAACUUUGGACAUCUGAGGAAUGCAGGACAGCUGAAAUUCAGUUCCCAACCCUGUUAUUCCAUUGUUUUUUUGGUCAAAGUAUUGCUUAUUUCUAGCUUGAACAUUUGUUUCCUGGAAAUAUUUAAGUUUCCUCAGUUUACUAAAGGCAUGCUCAGUUCUUUUCUUCUUUUGUGUAUAUUUUAGGCAGAGGCUAGCAACAUAUAUUGGAAAGCAAUAUAUGUUGCUCUGCAGGCCCCAGGCAAGGAUAGUAAGGGAAAAUAUCAUCUGUAAUACUCAGCCACAUCUUUUGAUGUGAGCUUAUGCACUCAAAGGCAGUGGUUUUCAAACUGUCCACACUCCACCCCAUGGACCCCUUGAAGAUUGCCCAGGAUCUUGGUGGAUCACUUAAUUAUUUUUUCUGCCUGUUGUAGCAAUUGAAAUGUGCUGUGCUAGAUGCUAUAUGAUUCUUAAUUGUAUUUUAAUUGCUCUUUUUUCUCAUAUGUUGUACUUCAUUGUAUUGCAGUUUGAAUGCCAUAGGAUUCAGAUUGUAAUAUAAUAAAAUGCAAAAUGUGAAACAAAAGAAGCAAUAAAAGUACAAUUCAAAUAUCAAUACUUAUAUUUAAUGUGAUGAAUAUGUCAUCUUCAACUGCAAAUCCACAGACCACCUGGGUGAAGUUUAUGGACCAUAGUUUAGGACCCCCAACUCUAAGGUGUAUUUGUAUUUGUGGUUGUGGUUCUUUUUCUUGGUUCUGUCAGCUAUGAUUUCCAUGCCUUCUCCAUUCCUACCACAAUGCUAUACAGGCAUUUGUGUAAUCCUUGAAAAGAAAAAGUGGUGCAAGGGAGCACAUAGUUGUCUCCCACAAGUCUAUGUGCUCCUCCUUUCUAGCCUCAUGGCACAUAUCUCCCCUUUUGUAUUUAAAAAGAAACAAGCAGGCUUCCCUACCACUGCAAUAUCACUCACUGUUGCUUACUUUUGUGCAAUGAGAAUACUACAGUUGCAGGAUCAGAAGCUUUUCUCUAAGGUGACUUGAGCAAGUCUCCUGCAUCAGUUCUGUUCCCCUCUUCCCCAAGGCUUCAAUGUGCUGGCUUCAGUUCCCAAGGAAUAGUCCUAAAGUUUCUUAGAUAGUGCACUGCUUGUUGCCCUCCUGCCAGGUGUUUGAGAGAAUGCCACAGGUUCAUAUCUGCCUGUUGAAACAUUAACAUAUCAGACCGCUGGUCCAUCUAGCUCAGUCUUGUUGACAGCGACUGAUAACAGCUCUCCGUGAUUUCAAGCAGGAGCUGCUCCCAGCUGUUAUCACUUUUUGUCCUUCAUCUGCCAUUUUGCGGUACACAACAGGUUUCAAUCUGUCUAUUAAAACUAAUGGAGGCAUCAUGUCUGUAUUGAGUUCAAUGGGCACAUUGGAUUUUUGUGAACAUUUUAUUUUCAAGCUCGAAGGCUUUUGUGAGUACUUGAAAAUAAAAUGUUCUCAGUGGAAAUGCUUGGAAAACUCAAAUGAUUUUCAAGUGGAACAUGGGAAUUUUUGUUCAUCUCUAACACAGUGGUGCUGGUUAGAACAGAGCUGGAGGGUCAAACUCAGCAGACUGAACAAGAGAGACUCUAUAUAUAGGAGGGCUAGCUUACCACAUUUGUGAAGUAAUACACAUUAGCAUCUAAAGAGAAGGGGGGUCGGGGUAUAAAACUAUUAAAGAGGCUAUAAUUACUUGCACCACUGGUUGAAAAUAGUAACUUGUGGAAUUUAGGAAUGAGAUUAUUUUUGUAGGGAAAUGAUAACUUUUAUCCCUAUUUAAAGGUUCCGUUCAUAUGCUGUUUCUGAUCAGCUUAAACUUAGGGAGAGCUGUGGAUUCAUACAAGAUCACAUGUUCUUUUCCUCAUACAAGGGAAGAUGUAAAUCUUAAACUGGCCCAUUGUGACAUUAAAUUCCUAGUAAGAAGUUUUAGUCAUGCCAUAUUCAAAUAAAUGGAUGAACGUAUGGUUCAUUCAUUUCCCCCCUGUGAAAAGGAGGUACAUUGGGAAGUAGGGGAGGAAGUAAAAUCUCAUCGGGCUCAUAGACUAUUUGCCUUGUCUCAUUUGAUUUGUGUCCAUAGCUCUGCCUCUUUCCAGAUCAGUCAUUUUUACAAAAUGGGAGAAAAGGUGGUAAAUCAGUUUCCAGUGCCAUCAGCAUUUCAUGCAUCAUGGCCACAUAUAUAAAAAUCAAAUAUCAGAAUGUAAAUUGGCUUUUAAUUUCUUUUUUCUUUUUUGAAAGAUAGUCAUAGGGAAAACACACUACCACCUGCUGUGAAUGUUUUCCUUAUUAGAAUUCUAUUCUCAUCAGCAGCACUAUAUAGAAUAAGAGCUGUCAGCAGUAGUGCUCCCCAUUGCCCAAGUCACCUCAUGGCCCCCUGCAUGGCAGACAGUGCACUGUUGACUUGAUAAAUAUAUUUUGUGGGCUCUGAAUGUUAACAGAUGGUAAUUGUAUGCAAGAGAGCUGGAUAAAGUGGCUUUCUUCUGUAAAUGAUCUGGAAAUGCUCUGCAAUAUGACUCUAAUAUUCACCAGCUGUUGCUUUAGUGUCUGUCUCAUAUCGUAAUAUACCCCUUAACUUGGGAGAUACCAAUUUUGUCCACUUGUAAUGGAUACAGUUUCCAUUACAAUAGAUUGUGCUUUUUCUCUCACCACGGGAUAAAUCUAACCCUAUAUGUAUUGCUGAAUUGUAAAUUCUUUAUUCCUGACAGCCAAGUAGCAUAACUGUGCCUUGCUAUAAUGUAAAUAUUUGAUGGGUAGAGCCACAUGCUGGUUUCAUCCUAACCUAAGGGAGGUUACACCAAUAUUAUUGUUACUAUUUAUUUAAUUGUUUUGGGGUUUUCUUUAGAGGAAUGCUGUAGGGAUGGAGAAAGAAAAACUAAGAGUCCUAAACUGGACUGGAGUUAAAUGUGUUUUAUGUCUAGAAAAGUUGUGCACUGAUAUACAGCAUUGCUUCCCCCUGUAAACUAAUUGACUUCCAGUCAUUUUGAGCCAUGGAAUUCUAUAAUGAUGGAUCACAUAGCUCAGCUGUAAAUAUCUUCAGAGAUAUUAGUAUUUGGCCAAAAGAGAAUCUGAGUUAUCUUGGGUGCUGGAAGAGAAUACAAUGGCCAUAGUUGUGGUAAUGCCUAGAUAUUCCUCAUUGGUGCUAUUCCCCUUAAUAUUCCAGCAGUAGCUGCAGUGCACAUAUUUUCCUUUUCUAGAAUCUGCACGAAUAAGGGGAUUCAUACAGCAAUUUAUUUAAUAGUUUAAACUUAGAAAUGCAACAGAACACUAUGGCAGCUGAACUUGCAGUUGCUCUUCUCCGGCCCAGCACUUCAUGUGACUGUUGUGUUAUGGCAUGCCUGCUCACUCACUUUUCCUUUCCAAUGCCUUUGUUUUCCUUCUCUUUUCCCUCUGGCAUUAGAGAGACAAGCAGGCAGCUACCAUGCAGCUGCAUGUUUCCUUAGUUGUGGAAAAACACAUUUCUGUACCAUGACAACACAGAGGGAAGAGGAACAGUCACACUGUUGAGAGCUGCAGGCCCAUGUGACCACCCGUGAACAUUUAUUUAAAGCUUGGUUCAGCCUUUCAUUUUUGCUAUCAUUAAACAGCUUCCGCAAAAUUGUUAACAUAGGGAACACAUCAAGAACCAAGUAUUUAUGCUGAUAGAAUUGAAAUAUGGAACUGUGCUUGAAAGAAAUGGUUCCACUUUUUAUGCUAGGUUCCAUUUCCUCUGCAAUCUUUUCUGAUGAAGAGGCAGUCAUGUGCACCUACACUUAAUUGUGAUAGAUUAUGGCAGUUGGUAACAGCAUCAAGUGAGCCAUAAGUAGCAAGAGCAGCUGAAAUUCUCAUCAGCAAAGAUUUGUUUUUUAUAAAGAUGUCCCACAAUGCAAAAUAAAUAAGGAAAUAUCCUACAACUUAUACAGAUUUCAUUAGAAUAUGAGAAUCUCCUGACAAGGAGUUUGUGGACACUCCACUGUCUACAUGGAGUUCCCUUUCUGUACCAUAGUUUAAUCACUAAACUGUGUAGGGUGUGCUUCAGACUUGCACACUCCCAUCUCUUCUCCCCUGCAUCUGGGAGAAGGACUUCCUAAGCUUUUCAUUUUAAUAAACCCUUUAGUUAGCUAACAGUUUUAACCUCCUUUUCUCUGAGGCAGGGACUGUGGUAUAACUCUAAUCAUGGUACGUCUCAAAAACAUAGGAAGUUGUAACCUUGGUUUCUGAAGCUGUACUGCUUCAAUAAACCAUAGUCAAUGUGAACCAGGUUCCUUAGUUCAGCAAAAUCUUGCAAAGUCCCCCUCUUGGCCUUGCAGAGGGAGGGGAGUUUUGAGAGCUCAAGGCUUGUGCAUAAACCGUAUUUUAUCUGGACAUAGAAACAUGACAUAUGUAUCUCUAACAACUCUUGGGAAAAUCAAUUUCAUUCCCUCUUUGGAGAAAUGUUCUACCAAGAGAAACUAAGGCUGCAAUCUUAAUCCAUACUUACCUGGGAGUAUGUCCCACUGAUCUCUGAGACUUAAUUUUGAGUAGACACAUAUAUAGGAUUCUGUUGUGACACACAUACAUAAACAGACUAUUCAGGAAAAGGUCAUCAGAAAGAAGAUUGAUUUCAGUUAAGGGGUUUGGAGAAGGAGAUAGGACCCUUUCUAAAGGUCAUUGUACUUAACCAAGAUAUAGGCAUGAGUUUCCUGAAAUGGGAAAAUUGGUUAUAAGAAUCUGAUUGGUCUUUUAAGAUAUAUAUUUUAGUGAAUUGUUUUUGUUUUAAAAAAGUAUAACUGAUAGACCAUUGACAGAGCAUACUGUGCUGGGCAUAGUUCUGCUAAUAUUCAGACAAGUGAUAACAACAGAAAGCACACAGAGAGAAACAUAUUUGAAGUUGAUUAUAAUAAAAAUGAAUGACAGAUCCCUGGUUUUUUGAGGAAUGUCCCUUGGUAUCAAGAUAAACCCAUAACAGCUAAUAUUUUGCUUAAGUGCAAAGAUUAGCAUUGCAUAAUAGUAAUAUCAAUUUAGGGUUACCAUAUUUCAGAAAGUGAAAAUCUGGACAGGAAAGUUGUUAAGCUCCCCCCCCUUUUUUUGGAAGUUUUUGAGCUAUUUUUAAAUGACACUCCCAGCACGGGUUGCCAUAUGUUCAGAUUAUCCCAGACAUUAAAGUAAUUUCUGCCCUAUCACAAUUGUGACUAGCUUUAGUUGCAAUUCUUAUUUCUUGAUCCUAAACUCUAGGGGGUAACUUCAUGGUUAUGUAAGUACAGAAAGCUGAUGCCCUCCUAUAAGAUUAGAUUUUAAUUCUGAGACAGAAUUUCAUACUCGUGUUCUAUUUUGGAAUGGAUAUGUAUUGUUGUGGAUAUGGAUAUGUUGUUUAUUUUUAUCUGUUUAAGUUCCCUGCCAUCUUCAGCAAGCAUAAAGAAACUGCAGUCCUCCAGAUCUUGUUAAACCACAACUCCCAUUAGCCCUAGCCAGCAUGAUUGGUAGCCCAUCAACAUCUGGAUGGCCACAGGUUCCCCACCUCUGAUCUAGAGAAUGUGAUUAAAUGGUGUUGGCAAGAAAGAGCCAUCUAAAUGAGCCGCAUAUGCCAGCCAUCCUUUUGGCUCACUUUCUUGGCCACCUUCUCGCCUGUCUAACCUAGAUAGCAAGCGCUAUUAGCUAGCACUGAUGUUACUCAAGGCAGAAAUUGCAAACUUCACCUUUCUCGUCUCGAUUUCUUUUGAUAAUGUGCUUUUAGUGAGCUCUAACCUUCUUCUACACACACAUUUCUGCAGGGAAAGGGGGGGGGAAUUGUUUAUGUUUCAAAGUGCCGCAUUUAAUGAAUCGGCUGGCUCCAUCCUUCCUGUUUUUCUCAUAUCUUCCAGUUUCACAGCCAACUAUUUCAUGCACAGUAAAACAGGCGGCUGCCUAAGGCAGCAAAAUAUUAAGCACAGCCAAAUAUUCAGCACGGCUGUAUUGUCAGUGAAAUAUAAGCUGGGAGUGGCACAUUUUUCUGUUUGUUUACAUUACACCUACAGACAGAGCUUCCCAUUCGUACAUGGCUCUGUUGUUAUAACAUACCACACAGAGACACAGCAGUUAGUGAGACCCUCCUUUCCCACCUCUGGCUGUUCUGACAUCUCUGCUGCACUCUCUUUUCCUCCUUCUCAUGAAAAUCAAUAGAGUUUUUAUUCGUCACAUGAAAGGAAGGGGGGAUACCUUUCAAAGUAAACAAGCUUGAAGCUGCUAGCAGGUGUUUUACCUUAAAACAUCUUUUAAAGCUAAAGAUGACAGCGGGCUGUAUCAAAAUUCCAAGGUCAAAGUGGUUCCUAGGGAUGAGUGUGACUUUGUGUAGCAGGCACAGGUCAAGGAAGGGGCCACAGCAGGAGGGAAUCAACAGAUAGUGAGACCAGAGGAGAGGUGGCUGAAAAAGAGUGUUCAGUGGGCACUGGACUGGAAAAGAAGACCCUGAAGGAAGGGUAUUUGGAGGUGAGGGAGGCUUGAGAGUAAGAUAACUGAAGAUGGGGAAUCGAAGAAAGGAGUGACUAAUAAGCAAGCAAGACUAAUGAGAGUGGCCAUGCGACUGGGAUAAUCAAUAUAAAAGUGGUAGCAAAAGCUACAAGAAUGAAUAAGAGCAGCAAGGAAUAUAGUCUACAAGGAGCAAUAUGGGGUCAAGAUCUGAAUCGUGUGGUUCAUAUGGCUAGUUUGAGAGAUAAAAAUGGUAAGUUAGCAAAGAGAAGACAAGUAAUAGUAUUAUUAGAUCUUGUUCCUGUAAUAUUUUUUUCUCAUCUGACUCCCCUGGCAUGACCAAAGAGAUGGAGGGAAGAUGUUUGGGAAGUACACUCCACUAAAGUGAGGUAUUUGUAGGAUUCCUUUGCCAGGUAGGCAACUUGGAUCAGCCUGGCAUUUCAGUUUAAUUUUCUUCGGAAUGGAGCUGUGAGACUUCUGCUGGAAUAAACAAUAAUUAAAGCACAGCCUUACUAUACAAAUAGCACUCUUCCUUUUCUUUUCUUGCCUGGACAAUAGCUAUUGGUUUAUUACUAUGAUGAUGAUGAUGUGGGAUGGCUUAGCUGCAAUUGUGCUUCAAUUGUUCCUGUGUUAUUUCAUUUACAGAUUGUAUUCUGAUUAUCUUUACUUUGCAAGUGCUAACAAAUCUGUAGAAGACUUCCAUGAAAAAGUGGCUGAAUCACUGCAGCUCUUUGAAAAUUGCCUGGCAGAUUACUCCCUGAGAGCCUGUGUGUACAACAACACCAUUAACAAUGCCAUGCCCGUACGUACAUUUCAGUUCUCACUUGAUAUGAUUCUUAGACAAUAGAAUUUCAUGAAGCUGGUAUUAUCAUAUUAGAGUAUGUAACAAAUACAUUAUAGAAUGAAAAAAACCCACCAGAAAAAACCACUAUCUUAAUAAACUUGUGUUUGAACCUGGUGGUUCAUAUGACAAAGUCUUUCUGCUUAAAAACAAAUCCAUCCACACAGAAGACAAAAGGCUGGAUCUAAUUCUAAAUUGGGGAUUUAACUGUUUAUCUUUGGUAAGAAAGGAGCAUUCCAUCAAGUGAGCACCCAGCUAGAGCAUUAAUGGGUGCAUUCAUGUACUAUCCCCUUUCUCCCCUGUGAGGAACCUUUACAGCAUUUGGGUCUUUUUAGUCUGGAGGGAAAGGGAAGUAAAGGGGAACAUGAUAGAGGUGUAUAGAAUUAUGCAUGGCAUAAUGAAAAUGAAGAUGGGGGCAUUUUUCUACUUUGCUCAGAACACUGGUCUAGAACAAGAGACUAUCCAAUGAAGCUGAAUGUUGGAAAGUCAGAAGUACUUCUUCACACAAUGCAUAAUUAAGAUAUAAAAUUUGCUGCCACAAGAUAGGGCUUUCAAAGGGGAUUAAACAAAUCUAAUGGUUGUUCGCCAUGGUGGCUGCAUGCUGCCUCCAGUAUCGGAGGGCAGCAUACCAGAUGAGGGAGAAGUAUCACCUCCCCACUGGGCUUCCCUGAUGCAUGUAUGCCAGGGUUGCCAACUUUUCUGGUUCCGUGGGCACAUUUGCAAACCAGAUAAACUGUUGUGGGUACAAUGGAAGUGCUGCAGCUGUACACAUGAGCCCUGAAAGGAUGCACAACACAUGCACACUCACUUUCUCCCCAUCUCAAUUUAGGCUUUAAAAAUGUUUUUUGCUGUCUUUCAAGCCUACUAUGGGUGCAGAGGCGGAGAUAAGAAGUUAACCUUCCAAAGUCUAAUUUCAGGAAUGGGAGUCAUCUGCUAUAGCACAUACGGUGACCCAUGAGUAUGUCACAUUCCUGCAAUAAAGCUAUGCCUUGCAUAAUCUCACUUAUUGUUGUCUGCCAUGGCCAAUUCAUUUGGAGUGUUUUCUUAAAACAAUAAUUUAUUUUGUUUUUCAUUCUUUUAGGUAAGGCUCCAGGUUGGUCUGUAUGUUGUUUUUCUCUUGGACUGGCUGACAGUUUUUAAUAAAGAUCAAAUACUAGUUCUCCGCUUGGAGGAUCAUGCAUCCAACGUUAAGUUUACUAUGCACAUGGUGUUCCAGUUCCUGGAUUUAGGUAGGAAAUUUUCUGACCUUUCUGAUUAAAGCACAUUUAAUGAAAUUGCCCUGUUUUUCUAAGGCUCUGCUUCAGCCCCCUUCCUAAAUCUGCUCUCAGACGGUCCCUGGUAAUUGCUCUGUAGUUAGAUCACAUAUAUUCAAAUUUAAAGAAAAACAAGUUGCUUAAAUUUAGCCAUUCUUUGUAUCUUAACCAAGAGGUAUUCUAUUUUAAAUUUAAUUUUAAUCCACAGGUUCAUGUUACCUUUGGGUCACUUGCCACAUGCUUUCCUAUACAGAUUGUAUAAGACUAUUGCAUUUAAGAAUGUUGCAUGUUCAUUGUAAGAACUGGCAGAUGUACAGACCUAUGAAGUAGUGCAGUUGCAUCAAGUUAUGGCGGCACACCCCCCCUCCACAUGGAGCAAUUUAGUGAUUAUCUAUAUCAAAAAUGGCCUUCAGUGAACCAUUUCUAUGUGGAAACUGAUCAACAUGUGCUGCUAUGCUAAAUAGCAGCCUUUAGGUCAGGCUUGGGAAUCAGGCAUGGGGAACCAUGGCCCACAGGCUAAAUUAGGCCCACCAGGGAUUCUAAUUUGGCCCAUGAGGCCAUUUUUUCUUUUGCCAUGUCCACAUGCUGUCAUCUGUGGGUAAGGGAAAGCUGCAGCUGCAAAGGAACAAUCGGGAGCAUUUGAGUGUGGUUCCAAUUGUUCCCCUACAAAUGGGACUUGGGUUUGGUGUUUUUUGUUUAAAUGGCACCGAUGUAAGUCCUGCUGGGAACUGCUCCAUUUAGGAGCUCCCAAGUGGAGCUGAUUCCUGGGCUUGUAUUCAGCUCCACCCAGAUGUCAAAGUGGCCUACCUCUGCUUUAGAUCAUCAAAAGGUUGCAGCAUGUAAUAUAUUUCAAAAGUGAAUUGCUAUCAUUUUUGCAUGAGGGUGUGCUGGACCUCUAUGCAUGAGUGACAUAAAUGCUUCCUGACAUCAGGAGCUCCAUCAUAAGAGGACAACUUUUAAGAAAAAAGGAGAAGGAAUGUACAUUCAUGAUUAUUUUAUGCUAAAUUGUUCCGAGAAAACAAUCAGCCAUAAGGAUUUAUUCUGUUUGGAUGAAGGUUGGUUUAGACAUUUUAAAAAUAGAUGAACAAUUCAUACUGCUUACGAUGCAAAAUGAUUUAAGUGAUACAUGGGGGAUGGAAUCAUCUUAUGUUUUAAAUGCAGUUAAUUUUUAAGCAUUUAAAAACUGUCUAAAUGCUACAGAACAUAACCUGGAGUAGAACAGUUACAUUAAACUUGUAUUAAUAUGUGGGAAUUAGGGUGUUGAGCUAGAACGAUCCAGCACCAGCAGGGAAUUAUUUUUUUUACAUUGUGUAAAGAAAGAAAAGAACACAUAUUUACUUAGAAUGGCUUGUACACUACAGCUUGCAAGUGGAACAGGAGCCACACUCUUCAUGUUUUCACAUGGUCCCUUUGCACUAACAUACCUAGGGUUGUAUCCAGCUAAGUUCUAUUCAGAGUAGACUCACUGAAAUUAAAGGCCCAAAGUUAAUUAUAUCCAAUCUUUUCAAUGGGCCUACUCUUGAGUAGGACAAAAUGGUUAGAACUCCUAUUUCUGCAUCUCAAGAUCAUGCUCCUAAGGGGCAAACAAUGUUCUGAGGUUAAAUGCAGGCAAGCAUUCAAUAUGUAUGAAUUCCCUUCCUUAAAUAGUAUGAGAAUGGGAAUGUAAGUGAACAUAACCAGAGCCAUUGUGCAAGAGAAGGGUAGAAUUAACCCUUUCCUCACAUAAUGAAGUCGCACUGAAAAAGGUCCUUAAUGACAACUUCAAGGAGCAUAAGGCUAUCAGUGGCUACUAGCCAUGAUGACAAUGUUCUGUCUCCACUGUUGGAGACAGCAGGCUUCUGAAUACCAGUUUCCGGGAAUCACAAGUAGGGAGUGUGUUGUUGUGCUCAAGUCCUGCUUCUAGGCUUUCCACAAGCAUCUGGUUUGCUACUGUGAGAACAGGGCACAGGACUAGAUGUGCCUUUGGCCUGAUCCAGCAGAGAGCUCUUCUUCAUAUAUGUUCUUUCCAAAGCUGCUAUAUUAGCCCUAGCAGAGAAGUUUCCAUUGGCAUCAAUAGCAGUUGCGGAUGGGGGUACAUCACAGCAUGUACAGAAAAGGCUAAGCUUCCUCUCUACAUUCCAUGGGGCUGUAUCUUGCUUAUCCCUACCAGCCGAAAAGAACAAAAGAACAACAAUUUAAAAACCAAAAUCUUGUAUAGUAAAUGCUUGCAAACAUUUCAUGCCAUGUAUAGUUUGGUCCUAAUAGAAGGGAUGGUGUGUGCUUCAGGCACUGCCAAGAAGUCAUGCUUCCUGUUCAGACAACAAGCUAUAAUGUCCAAAAGCCACGUUUAUACAUCUCAUGUCACUUAAUUUGGAAAUGUUUGAGGAAAUGCAUUACAGAAAGCUAUACAAGCAUAUUUUGUGGUUAUCUUUUUCCUUUUCUUAAUUUUACUACAGGUGCUCUAAGUGAAAAAGAAGAAGCUCUAAUUACCAAAAGUCCUGCAUCAAACACUAGGAGGCCUGAAGAUCGCAAUUUGGGCCCUAUGUUACCUAUCACAAAGGAAAUUCUACGAGAUUUCUAUCAGCCUUUCAACACAAAACUGGCUCAAGUUCUUUCUGAUGAAGCUUUUUUAUGGAAAAAAUCCUGAUGUGUCAAUUCCGGUGCCACAAACACAGUGCUUGGGAUUAUUUUUAAAUCUUGUUUUCAGGUGCAAGCAAUUGCCCACUCUGAGGCCAAGCAAGCCUACUGCAGUUAAAUCUUUGUCUCCAUGUUCAGCAUACAAUAUGUCAAUGAAGUUAUAUCAGAUUUGCCAUAGAAGAACAUUAAGCUCUAUCAAUGUCUUUUGUAAACUUUUCUCUCUCUCAGCAAACAGUGCACCAAUAGCCUUGAUAUGAAGCAGUCUCGCAUUCUGUGGUUAUGGUUUUUGAAAUGCCAUUUUAAAGCUAUUGUUACAGUACAGAAAGCACUAGCCACCUAAAAAUGCACAUUCAUUCUACUUUUUAAGAUAUGUCUUGCAUUCUUUUGAAACUAUUCAAAACAGCUUUUUAACCAUUAAAAGUUAAUUGAUUUUCAUCUGGAAGUCUGUUUUUAAUUUCAACAAACUCUUCAAUAUGUGUUCUCUUUGCCCAUAAUAAACCUAUUGAAUCUGCCUGAGCUGUGUAACUUAAUUCAAAACCAAGUAACUUUUUAAUGGAUGAUUGUGUUUUAGUAAGCCCAGAGCAGAAUGAAUCCUUCCCCUGUAACAGUGAUCAAGAGAAGAAAUUUCUCAAUGGUGACUUACUCUAAAAUAUUAAUUGAAAAGAGGGCUGACUUUCAAACUGAUGUAAGAAUAUGAUCCAAUCAUAAAAAGUUUACAAUCAAAUAAAAUAAAAGAAGAGGGAGGGAAAUUAUUAACUUUGCUUUUUGUUUUGUAUAGUUAUGUGCUGUUUCUAUCCCUAUGCAAUAUGGGCCUCAUCCAAAAGCUAAGAGCAGAUCUAGCUAUAGAAUUACAAUAUUCCACUGAAGUACACAGCCUAAAAUCCUGAUGAUUAGGCCUGAUUAUUAAGAAUGGCCACAUACUAGGACAAAGUAGUUUGGGCCACCAAACAUGCACUCGCUCUAACUUUUGUAUGCAUACACACAGAAUACAAAUUCCCCACACAUACUCAUACACACACAAAUUCAUGCAUACACAUAUUGAGUUGACUUCCCUCACUAUCCAUUCUAGACCAAUGAGUUUUUUUUAUUUGCUCCUUGAGCCUUCCAGCCAAGGAACUGCUCAAGGUCCAAGUAAUUCAUUCUGAAGUAGUACUUAUUCACAUUAUCUCCCCCUCAUGCAGGGGAAGCCCCUAUCUGAACAAGGGUUUGAGACCCAUUGGCUACCCUCAACUGGUUUAGUCGGCCAGUCAAAGCAGUUUCCUGGGAUGUGGCCUCUGUCACAUGCUAACAGCUUCUAGGAGCCACAGGUGAGAGUUGAGUGCAGGGUGGGAACCAAAGACAGACAAACUACUCUAGAAGGAGCACGAUGAUUCCCCCACCAGAGAUACUACCCCUUCUCAACACCCCAUAUACCCUUCUCAAUGGCUACUAGUUAAAAAAAUGUUUUGCAUGAG